AUGAUAGCUGGGGUCUGCAGGAUGCUCAAGGUGGUCUGCAGACAGCUGGGCUGUGGUAGGGUUCUGUCAGCACAACAGUCUGCUGCUUUUGGACAAGGCAGUGGACCCAUCUGGAUGGAUGACGUUGCGUGUUCAGGCAGAGAAUCAGAGCUCAGUGAGUGCAGGCACAGAGGGUUUGGAAGUCACAACUGUGGCCACAAUGAGGAUGCUGGAGUUGUUUGUGAGGGUGAGUACAUUUUGUUUUCCUGUGUGAACAACCUCCUAUUACUCUAAUUUUGAGUUUGAACAGUUUUGUGAGUUUGACCAAAUCUAAACACUUUGCACCUUUCAAUGUAGUAUUUCAUUCAUUAAGUUAAAAAAGACGAUUUUUUACCUUCUAAAUCCUCUUAAAUUUUUUUCUGAACAAUUUUUUAUGUAAAUGUAUUCUAUGUUAUUUAUUUUCUUUUUAUGAUGUAUGGCAGUGUUUUAAAUGCCUGUGCUGCAACCCGAUUUGCCCAUUUUUGGGACAUAAUUAAGUUGAAGUAAAAUGAAAACUGAAAUGAAAAUAUAAGAGAAAGAAAUAUUGAAUUUAAUUGAUCAAGUGCUUUUCAAGUCCUUGAAGAUCCUGUACAAACUCAUAACCACACAAAUAAAACAACAAACAAUUUUUAAAAAUAAACAAAAGAAAAAACAUCUCCAGCUAUUAGAAGGUCAUAAAAGAGGGGAUUUGAAUGUGGGUAGAUUAGGACAGUCAUGGAUGUCAUAAGGAAUAGUAUAGUAUGAGGAGAGGAGACUGUAGGACAGGGUUUAGAGAUGAGCAGGUCUGUGAGAUAGGGUGGAGACACAGAGUUAUGUUGUUGAAUUUAAGGGGGAAGUGGGGGGUUGUUUUGGUGAGGGAUUUGGAGCCGAUGAUAAAGUGAAAUUUGUUGUGAUUUGUCUGAGGGAAGUUGGUUUGCAUCCAUUUUUAAUUUCUGAGAGGACGUCAGUCAGUGUGGAGUGGAGGAUAUGAUGAACAGGUGGAAAUGUAAAUCUGGUUAUCAUCAGUGAAUAAAUAAGAGAGGACCAACCACUGAACCCGGUGGUACACCGUGAGACACAGGAAAGGUAGAGAAGCAGCAGUUGUUGAUUUUGGGUGAACUGUUGCCUGGGUGAUAGACAUGACCUGAACCAGGACAGGCCAUGCCAGAGAUGCUAAAUAAUGAUUCCAGAUGAGGAAGGAGAAAUUUGUUGAGGUUGAGAAUGAUGAGGAGGGUGAGGUGAUAAAAAUCUGUAGUUAGAGGAGAGUUCCAGGUCAGACAACAAUUAAAACUGAGAGAUGCUGAGUGGCAGAAGGGGGUGUACGGGGAAUAGGUGUGUGUGUGCAGGGGGGGAAAUGGACUUGAGGUUUCCAAAGAAUAACAAUCAAGUGUCUUUUUGGGACGAUACUAUCUAUGACAAUAUCCAGUACUUCUGAAAAGUACUGAUGUCUGCAGGAUUUCAGGUUUUAUUAUGUGCCUCAUACUUUUAUUAUUUCAUGUUUGUUGACAGCUGCUGCUUCAGUGAGGCUGGUAAACUCUGGCAGGCGCUGCUCUGGCAGAGUGGAGGUCAACCAUAACGGACGCUGGGGGACAGUGUGUGAUGAUAGCUGGGACAUCAGGGAUGCCGAUGUGGUGUGUAGACAGCUGGACUGUGGUGCUGCUCGUUCAGCUCUGUGGAACGCAGCUUUUGGACAGGGCAGUGGACCCAUCUGGUUGGACGAUGUGAGCUGCUUUGGUAAUGAGCCAUCCAUUACAGACUGCAGACAUCCAGGGUUUGGGGUUCACAAUUGUGCUCAUGUUGAAGACGCCAGUGUCAUCUGUGAAGGUAAAUAUUUACACAAAAAUCUCACAGUGCUUACCUCUCAAUGAGAAGAAAACUGAAUUUUAAAUCCAACAACAAUAAAUUACAUCAUGAAUAUUUACAUGUAGAAUUAACAAAGAACUUUGGCUCAUAACCAUUGAUGACCCUGAAGGCCGAAGAUGUGUCCAGACCUGACAAAGUCUUGUCUUUUAGGUGAUCCGGACUUUAACAACACAGUCACAGCUACUCCUGGUCCAAUUCAACCAACUACUACUCCCAACUAUGUGAACAUCACCUCCACCACAACAGCAGGAAACAGCUCAACAGCUGAGGGGGAGGUCCGCCUGGUGAAUGGGAACAGCUCCUGCUCUGGUAGAGUAGAGAUCUUCCACCGUGGACAGUGGGGGACAGUGUGUGAUGAUAACUGGGGUCUGCUGGAUGCUCAGGUGGUCUGCAGACAGCUGGGCUGUGGUGGGGUUUUGUCAGCACCACAGUUUGCUGCUUUUGGACAAGGCAGUGGACCCAUCUGGUUAGAUGAAGUCUCAUGCGCUGGUCAUGAAUCGGAGCUCAGAUGGUGCAGGCACCAAGGGUUUGGAAAUCAUGACUGUAGCCACCGUGAGGAUGCUGGAGUUGUUUGUGAAGGUAAGUACUAUUUUUAGGUUUUUGUGUUCAGCCCAUUGUAGAAUAAGAAAAGUCAUCUGUUAAAGAAUCAUAAAAUAUAAAUUUGACCAUAUUUGUAUCUGUACACUCAUCAGCCUCAGAAAUAUCUAAGAUUUUUCAGCAGAAGGACAUGUUCCUCUAAGCAAAUGAAAAGGAUCUAUGAGUCUUGCAUUCAUGUUUCAUAUCAGAUCAUUUCUCUUUUUUUCAGCACCAGCUGCUGCUCCAGUGAGGCUGGUAAACUCUGACAGCCGCUGCUCUGGCAGAGUGGAGGUCUACCAUGAGGGACGCUGGGGGACAGUGUGUGAUGAUAGCUGGGACCUCAGGGACGCCAAUGUGGUGUGUAGACAGCUGGGCUGCGGUGCUGCUCGUUCAGCUCUGUCAAACGCAGCUUUUGGACAGGGCAGUGGACCCAUCUGGUUGGAUGAUGUGAACUGUUUUGGCAAUGAGCAAUCCAUUACAGACUGCAGACAUCUAGGGUUUGGGAACCACAAUUGUGCUCAUCAUGAAGACGCCAGUGUCAUCUGUGAAGGUAAAGCCAUCUUCCUUCAUCCACUUUAAUCCGCAUAGGGUUGCUUUGUUUUCUUUAAGAUGUACCAGCAUAAAGAUGUGCCUCUCAUUAAGUUGAUGUUUGUAAACUUUGUAAUCUUUGUUUUAGAGGACUUACUGUAUAAUUUUAUGUGUUUUCUACAAAAAAGGAUUAGGGCCAAAAGAAGAGAAGAAAAUAAUUACAGGAAGGAGAUUUUUCAAAUUUUCAUUUCGAGAUUUAAGUCGAAAUUUCGAGAUUAGAGUCUUAAUUAUAAAGUCGAAAUGAAAAAAAAUCGAAAUUUGACACUAAAGUCGAAAUUUCAAGAUUUAAAAAAAACCCAGAAAUUACGUGAAAAAUUCAAAUGUCGACUUUAAUCUCAAAUUGUUUUUAAAAUCUCGAAAUUUGGACAUCGUUCACAAUAUUGCGACAUUUUGUAAUCUCAAAAUUUCAACUUUGAUCUCAAAAAAUCAAUUUUUAAUCUUGUAAUUUUGACUUUAUUGACAUCACUUAGAAUUUUUUAUGUCAAAAAUUUCAUCUUUAAUCUCCUUCCAGUAGCUAAUUUUUUUCCUUUCAUGUGGCCCUUAUCCUCUUUCAUAAUUUUCUCUUGUAAUGUAUUCUCUGGUCUUUUUUCAGUCCCUACACCUCAGCAUUACCAACUCAUUUGUAGCUCGAAUACAUUCCGAUUGGGGGUGGAUAUAGCUGGCCUGACAUCCUCCGGUUUGAACCCAUUCUCUGGCAACUUGGCAUCUCCCAACUGCUCCUGGAACCAAGUGCAAAAUAAUGUAGUGUGGUAUGGAGUGGAGGCCAGGGAGGGUGUCUGUGGAACCACUCUGACGGUAAAGACUUGACAGAUUUUACUUUGAGAAUACGAUUAUAAUUAAGAUGUAAGAUAAGAUCUAUUAAAAGAAAACGGAACGUGCAUUUGUUUGGUUGCAAAGGUUAUGUCACAAAGACCAAGCGUUAAAAAUUUUUAACAGCUUGAGAUCCCAGCAUCUCCACCUAAAGAUCUUUUAAACUAUUUGGUACAGUUUGGUCAUGUAUGUAAUGCUACUGACAACAUCAUAUCAUCCAAAGUUAACUUUCUGAUAACCCAAUCAUUCUGUUAUUUUCAGACCAACAGCACACAUGCCAUCUACUCCAACAGCUUAUUUAUCUAUCCUUUAACCAACGGGUCCUUUGACCUUCCUGUGAACGUCCCCUUCUCCUGUGCGUAUCCCCUGGAAACAGACACCAGCCUGAAUGUGGUUAUCAGACCAGUGCUGCCGUAAGUAGCCUCACUUGUUACCUCUAAAGACACAUCAAGUGAACAUAUUUUGUUUUUGACUUGAUCAGACACAGAAAUGUUUCAAUUUGCUGCAUGGUGUAUAUUUCCGAAUCAACUCAAAACACAAAGACGUGUUCAGAGCACUCUGAAAUGCUUAAAAAAAGUCAGUUGAUGAAUAACCAAAAGAGGAUGUAUAAACAGGUUUUGACUGCCUUAGAAUUAACAGUAUGGUCUUUGCAGGACAGCAAGUGGAAUUUCAGGAUCAGGUCCCAGAACCAGGGCCUCGAUGUUUCUUUUUGUCAACUCAGCCUACACUCAGAUGUAUCCACCUGGCCGGGUCAGCCUGCCUGUGGGUUCACCUUUGUUCGUGGGUGUCUUUGUACCAGGGAGAGAUCCCAGUUUCGUUGUUGUUCUGGACAACUGCUACGCCUCUCACUCAUCCUCCCCUAAUGAUUCCGGGCGAUACCCUCUUAUCCGGAACAGGUCAGAGUCUUCAAGUCUAAGAGUAUUGUUUGAUGAGUAUGAUGGAAAAGUUAAAUGUGCAUUUAUACUGUAAGCUCUGUUGACCUGGUAAGUUGCUGCUUCUCUCUUCCAGGUGUCCCGUUGACAGCCGACUGGUGUCUGUGACUGAGAGUGGCAGGUCCUCCCGUGCUCGAUUCACUGCCCUGCUCUUCCCUCCAGGCGGUGAAUCCAGAGAUAUUUAUCUCCAUUGUAAUCUCAGGUUGUGUGACCGAAGGUACUCCACCUGUGUCCCAGUAAGUCAAACAGUAUUUUCAUAAGUAUCAUUAUCUAUGCAUAACCCUUGGUAUUAAAAAUAAAUGGAUGAUGACAUUAUCUGUCACUUUUCUAAGUCCUGUGGAAGGAGGAGAUCUCGUUCUGUGUCCAACUCUGAUGCCAUGGAGAGCCUCACCAUCGGACCCGUUGCUUGUGAGUAUUAGUUUCUAUUUGUUAAAAAGGCUGAUGUCUUAAAACACUGAAUAACACAGAAAUAACUCUCAUACUUUCUGUCGUUCUUUCUUUAUCUUUAGGGGAAAAGUCAGCUGAGUGAGCUGGUCACAAACUUUUACAAACUCAUUUUAGACUGUAAUACUAUUUUGUACUGCAUGUAUCUUACAUUAACAAGACAUCAAACUAUGAGAAAAGUUACUCCAGAUAAGCAGUCAUAUCAGACUUCAUGUUGUUUCUCUGUUCUGGCACAUUUAAAUGGUUGAAACACAAAUCAAAAGAUAGAAGUGAGAAGUACCUACACCAUGUGAAUUUACUGUAUACACACGAUUCUUAAAAUGCACUUUGUCUUGGACCAAGUAUAUUUUUCUAAAGUUGUGAUUUAAUCAAUGACAGAUUUGUGAAUGCAGUUCAAGUGCUCAAUAAAGUGUGAACUAUGUAAAAAUGCAGGAUUGUGUGUUCUUUUAAAUAACACUGCCCUCUAGUGGCUGAAUGUCUCAGGCUGAAUCUGACAGGGACAGUAAAAACCUUAAAAAUACGGUCUAUUUGAUUUUCCAUUCAACUCAUAAUCAUUCACAAAACAAAAAGCUGUGUUCACAUGAAGUUGACUACUUGAUACAUCAGGCAUGAUGUCCAUUUACUUCAAAUUCUGGUAUGUGUUAUCUCUUCUUUGUCUGCCUGUCAUGGUGUUGAGGGGGCAGAGGAAAAGUGAGGCUCACAGGGUGGAGUUGUACAGACUUUUCCUCUCUUUGUAUUGUUGGUCCAGCUAAGUUUGCUAAUGAUUGCCAAUUCACAGUUGCAGGAACUCAGCUCUGCAUGUCAGCAAAGUCGAUUACUGAAUGUUUCAUUAAUGCAAAGGAGAAAUACAAUCACUGAAAACAAAAAAACUAAAAGGUUCUGCCACAUUUUAUCAAGCAUGCCGCUUCAACAUCAUCACUCUGGUUUGAAUAAAAGUCAGUCUAAGUUAAAAGAUACUUCUAUUAGACAGUUUUGAGACCCUGUCAUUAUUUGUGAUUCAGUCAGCAUUCACAUUUUGCUAAAUACCGUCUGCUAUCUGCACAGAACUGUCAGGCUAUGAAACACAAACUCAUACUCUUUAUGAUACAUCUUAAUGUUCAGUCAUUUACAAAGACUAAACAUAAAGAUGGGAUCAGAUUGAGCUCCAUCCUAUGAGAUAAGAUGGGGGCUCCAUCUCAUCUUCAACCACAUGAGUGAUUGAAGAUUGGCAGUAGUUGCAGUAGAGAGGAAGAAGGAGUCACACACCUAAAACACUAGACACCUCUUUUCUCUUACCUCAUCCACUCAGGCUUGACAGGAUAUGCUAACAGAACUUGUGUAUUGACUAUCUUUUUAUUAAAUGGAGUGUUUUACCUUAACAUUUUAUUUUUUCUUUAUUUGGCGUUGUAACAAUACAUCUUAACAGCAGAAGCUCCUAACCCCAAGUCACUACAACCUCACUUAGACCAAACACAGUAUUUGUUGUGAAGAAAGAACUUUGAGUGAAACAUCAUAGAAACACAUAUCAUUUCUCUUUUCCAUUCAAUUUCAUCUUUCCUAAGGCUUUAUUGAUGUGUAUAAUUGUUAUCUAUGUUUUUUUUUUGCAUUUUCUUUAAGUAAACUAGUACAUAAUAAUGUUAAUUUAUCAAUAUUAAAUGAGAACUUUUGGUCAUCUGCCACAAAAUGUCUGGAUGCUCAGUAGCCCUGAAUUAACGAGUCUUAUUGUCCCGGGUUAAUCAAAAUAAAUUCUGCAAUGGAUCGACCCCAGAACGUCUUCCUUGGGAUUAGAAAAAUGACUUUAUGCCAUUUCUGGAAGGAUCUGCAUGCCUCAGGCCUACAUUGGGGCCAAUGCUGCUUGCGUGUAUCCUGUGAAUACCCAUGGGGCUAGGGAAAGUCCAAAUGGGAGCACCUUGAACUGAUAACCCCUGCCUUCAAAUGAAAAGUGAGGGCACUGCCUGUGAUGCACUACAAAUGGCACAUGAAAGUCCAUGAACGUGAAACUCACCCUCUUUCUUUGCGUUCAGAAAAUAAACCAAGAAGAACCCACCUUGUUGUCUCUGAAGGUCUACCUCUUCUACGGCAUCCUUCUCCAGGAGGGUAAAAGCUUGACAUUCAAUGGGAUCGCUGACAGAAGUCUGCUGGAUCUCGCUGAAAGUUGGAGGGCAGCUGCUGAGCUGCAGAUGGUACCCCUGGAGCAGUGUUGCCACCGCCCAAGUGUCUGAAGUGGAGCUCUCCCAGUAGCCAAGGUGCUGCUGAGAGAAGCCGGUCCCUUGGAGGGGUGAAACCCAGAUCUCUGACCUCAUUGCGCUUGGUGCGUAGACUGUGGAUGAUGCUGUCUGUAUUGAUCAGGCCAUUCAGGGGCAAGAGGGGCCCGUGGAGCCUGAGCAAACUGAGGGUGAAGAGCGGUUGGACUGUAACUCUAAGGAGUCCACUGCCUCAGACUUGGUUCAGGCCCUCGCAGACUGGCAAACUGCUGCCAAGUCUGGUUUGCUUGGAUUCCCCUCUCCAGGACCUGCUGUGCCGCCUGCCCAAACAGCUCCCCUGGAACCACUAGGAGACUGCGGAGGGCCCUGCGGCCCGACUCUGAAAGAGAACACUGGGCAUUCCACACCUGAUGGCGGGUCAGGGUGAGUGUUGACAUCAACCUGCCAGGCUCCCUUGACAUCAGGGCAAAGGCCUGUUAUAAUGCGUUGCUCAAGCUCUGGUCAGAAGCAUCCACUUUGGAGGACUGUAUGGCCAGAGACAAGGCCAAAAUCAAAUAGGAAAGGAAGUUCCCAAUACGCUCCAUGUGGUCUGCAGUAUCAAUAUACUUCACUCUAAGGUCAUUUGUAACCUAACACUGUGGCCAAGGGCAGCAGGCAUCAGAUCUCAAGACCUCUUCCAGGGCUACAGUAAGGGAGGCAAUGGACAGCUGGACAGCUGGCAUCUGGCCCAGCUGGUGGCUGCUGGCCUCUUGCAUGGAAGCUAGAGCCCUACCAUCAGCACUGUGGUGGGACAUGGACUUUGGGUCCUGCCAACACCUGUGGAGAUCUUCUACGUAUGGUUGGGAAAGUGGCACUGAGAAAUUAGCCCAGGGCAGGACACAACCGAAGAAUGUGUUACCCGAUGCACUAGCUGCUGGGGCCUCAUCCAAACCCAGAUGCAUCAGUGCUAAGCAAAUCAUCAGUUUGAUCAAGGCUGAGGCAGCCUCAGAGCCAUCCCCAGACCUGCACCCUGUCUGCUGAGAGCAGAUCUCUGAAGCAGGAGGCCUCUCCUUCAUCGUUGGCAGACCCACUCCCCAAAAAACUGGCUAUGGGAAGCCCUUGUAGACAGGUCACCCUCGUCCUAACCUGUAGGGGUAGAAGCCCCAUCCUGUGGGCUGUCCAUCUGCACUGCCACCCCCCUACCUGGCUGAAGAUUAAGAAGCAGACCCUUAAUUUCAGCAAAUUCUUGGACCACCUUAGCAGCCAGACCCUGCAUCUUUGUACCCUUCUUUGGCGGGGGAGCACCUUCCUGGAGGGGGUAUUUUCUGCCACCCAGGCUACUGGCAGAUUCACCAGAGGGAGACAAUUGGUCCCCCUGCUGCCAUCCUUCAACCUCGACCAGCCAAACCUGCAUUAAAUCACAGGGCAUGAAGCUGCAAUUCAUGCACUGAUUGUCAGACAGCCCUUGCCUAAGGUGAGCGACACCAAGGCAUUGGAUUCAUAUUUAGUGUAUGAAUUCAGGCUCACAGCCAAUACUUACCUCGUCGCCAUACCUUAGAGCCGAACCCGGUGAGAUCACUGCCAUGCUUGGGAAAAUGCCAUAGCCAAUAAGGACUUAUCACAGUCCUUAGAGCUAACCUAGUGGUUUAAGUGUUCCAAGUGAAAAAUAUACUGAGCUCUUCUACAUAACAACCUUCAUUUACGUAGAACAUGCCGGAAGAUUAAAGGGACGCCCAUCAGGGUGACGCUGGCUUGUAUAGGAUACGUCAUGCGUCAUCCCUGGGUACAAGACCUUGUUGAUACAAAAUACUUGACCUGAGAUGGAGAUCCAGUGUGAAGAACUGCCUCUUGCAGUCAGGAAGAAUGAAAUAGAACUCAUCCAGCAAGGAAGAACAGUUAAUACAGGGAUAAGGCCUCUACCGAGGCUGCAACAGCCAUCAUCUUGGCAGCUUUUUGAAAUCCUUCAAAAUGGGAGUCGGCAAAGAAAACCUGCCUAACCUACUUCUAACCUUAAAUCAUAAACCAUGUAGCUCAAAUGGGUCAUGUCAUGUCAUGGGCAAUUUAUGUCACACACUUUCAUUUAUGACUGAUCAAAACACAUCAUGAAAUCUCUCCCUGCUUUUGAUUCGAUAUCUUAUCAGUUAAGUGUCUGAGAUAAUCUUCACCCUGAUGUGUUUCCUCAUAACAUUUUAUUUCAGCUGUAAGACUAAAAGUUCGAGGUUUUCUUUUGAAUGAUGCCUAACUUCCGAAGUGUUUCAAUUGUUUUAAAUACUGAGCACAGUACACCAUUUCACAAACCUCAAACGUCUUGAUCACAUUUUAUGGUUUUCAUUUGGCAAUAGAUAAAUGUCAACAGUUUCCUCCAGCAUAAUAAAACACUUUGGAAAUAUGAUGUGUAAAAGUUAACGGAAGAAGCACAUUGAUCCCUAUAAAUAAAUGACUACAAGAAGUGGCACAUCUAAAAACAAAAUAGGUCAGCGACUCAAGAAAGUUUUCUGUUUUUUUUUUCUCUUGUUUAAUACGUACUGCUCCAAAUUUCAGAGAAACAUACACUUGUUUCAUGAAAGAAAAAAAUUACUGAAACUUAAAAUAAGUCAACAAAACUCCUGCUGUGUAGACAAAGUGGCUCACAGUCAAUCAUGAUUGAACUGUUGAUUGAUUAUCACCUCAAAUGAGGAGUCCUGUCAAAUAGAAAUCUGGAUGUCAGUAGGACAGAAGUAGACAGUUAACAAAGCACUCGUUCUCUAGGUAAACUUAAUAAUGAAUUUAAUGUUUUGGGUGAUUCCAGCUGCAAGCUGACUGGACUUUAAAAAAUGUUGAUAUGCAGUUAGAAGCACGAGAAAAUUCAAACCUUUAGGGGAUUAUUCCAUCAAACUACUAUACAAGGUCUCCUUUGUGCUCAGAGACUCCAUAGCAAUUCACACAUGGUUGAUUGGAGUGCCAUAAAAAAGCCGAUCUGGCACUUUGGUCUCAUGCCAGAUUUGACUGAAUUUUACCCUGUAUCAGUGCUGCCAAUGACCUAUUUCAUGUGUUUCAUCAAUGAAUGUCUCACAAACAAGUAGGUGGACUCACAAAAAGGUAUGAAUUCUCACUCUCCGUGAAAGAACUUCACCUUCAGACUCUCCAUCCAGGACUUCUACAGCAGCUCCAAGGUCGGUGCAAAGACAGGCUAAAAAUUUAACUUAAUGCUUUUUAAAAACAUGUUCAAAGACAUCUCUUUUCUUCCUUUUCAGCACGUUAGUAUCGUGGAUCUGGUCAUGAUGGGGGCUCUUAAGGGGGUUUUGUUGCUUCUAAUUUUACAGAUUUCUACUGCAAGCACCUCAGGUAAACCAACUGACUUCUUAUGUGGGCUUGGACAAUAAGACACUUACUGUGAAUCUUAUUCCAUUUUUAGUCAUUGGCAUAAAUUCUUCUUUUGAAGAUUAUUAUGUUUGUAUUCUACAAAACAGCUGACAUAAAUGACAAUAUGGUGAAGAUUAAAAACUAUCAAAUGACAUGUAACUUUAAGGUUCUCCAGUGAAACUUUCAUUUAACUCUCUGAGGGUAUCCUCAGAGCUGUGUUGGGUCAGGACCAAAUGUUUCUGCAAUAUGAUAUUAACUGAGCAGUAGCUUGUUGAAAUUCUGGUAGGCCAAGUGAAAACUGAAUAAAGUAGUGGUAAGAGAAGUGAAUAGGUGUCACACUAAUAUUAGCUGUGGAGCAUCUGCGAACCAGUAUAGCAGAGAUGCUUUUUUCAACAUGAACAUUAGUUUCAGUCUUUUCUUGCACAAAAUUUCAGGUUUUUUUUUUCAGGAAUAUCAGUGUCACAUUUUUUAUUAAUUUCAGUCAUGCUUUUUAAAGCAUCACAGUCCAAGUUUUAACUCAAAUCAAGUGAAGUAAGCCUGAACAUUGUGAGUGUGCCUCAAGAGGGGGUCAUAAACUUGAUAACGAAUGUAUAUAACUGAGGUUUUUAGAAUUAAAAUUGGAUUUUGAAUUGAAAAAAAAAAUCACUUUCUAUCACUUUUCUUUUGCCAUUGAAUUUUUAUCCAAUGUAAAAAUUAAUUUAGUGUAAAUAAAUUCAGUGUUUCAUAAAAAUUCAGUUUUGAAAAAAAAAAAAAAAAAACAGUGGAAAGAAUUUAAUAUUUCAAAAAAUCUAACAGCAAGAAAUUCAGUGUACAGUAUAAACAGCCAGUGAAGACGAUGGUGCCUCUAUGAUUAUACGUACUUUCUCUGGGAAUUUUUUGACACUGAAUUUUUUGAUAAGUUGAAUUUUUAUAAACUGAAUUUCUUUGAGAUAUUGAGAUUUUUGAGGCUAAUUUUAUUUUAUUUUAUUUUAUUAUUUUUUUUGCAUUGGAUAAAAACUUAGUGGCAAAAAAAUUUUUGGUGCUAUAAAUCUGAUGGUUUUUGAAAUUCAAAAUCCAAUCUUGAUGCUGAAAAAUCCAGUUCGAGAAACUCAGUUCAAACUCAGAUGGCACUAAUUUACUUCGAUACUCAAUUUCCAACAAAAUCUGGUCUGCUGUUAAAUGUAGGUUUACAGGCAUCAUCCUCUGAUGAGAUUUGAUUCUUCUCUGAAUAUUAAAUUAUCCUGCAUAGAAAAAAAGGACAUUAUUGACAUUGAUUCUCUAUUUUUCUUGAUUUUGUCCAGAAAAAACAUCUUUAAUUCUUUCAUAAAACAAACUCUUCUUGUACUUUUGCAGGAACUCUUGUCACCACCUGUGAAUCAUGUCAUGAUCAAGCUGCCUGUCUGGAGUUUAAAGAAAGAGGCGACACUUUCUCAAGUCAGUCGCUCUCAUGUGUCUGUAAAGAUGGUUUUGUAGGUGACGGUCUUACGUGUUAUGACGUAAAGCUCUGCAGUGACUCUUCUUGCUGUAAAGAUGGUUAUCACUGGUCACCAGACAGUGGCUGUGUGGACACUGAUGAAUGCUCCCUCAAAGACUCGCCCUGCAAACCAUCUCAAGUUUGCCAAAACACUCCAGGCUCCUUUGAAUGCCUGGAGCCUCACCCCAGCUCCAGAUCUGGUCCAUCCUUCCAGUCUAGCCAGUUCAGGUGUGGAAACACAACAUGUCCUUUAGGCAUGGACUGCAUCCGUGUGAACGAGACCCUCCGCUGUGCUGAUCCCUGCCAGCAUUACACUGCACUGAAUGAUGAGUGGAGAUCAACCAAUAACACCUCCAACCAGAUUCACUGUGAUCGAGAUAUUUACUGGCAAGGUUGGUAUCGGCUUUUUCUGGGACAAACCAGCGCUCAAAUCCCAGAUUGGUGUGUGCCUCCAAACAGGUGUGGAACCCAUGCCCCUUUGUGGAUAACAACACCUCAUCCCACACAGCCAGGUCGGAUUGAACGUCGCACUGUGUGUAACUCCUGGUCUGGCAGCUGCUGCCACUUUGCCUCACAAAACAUCCAUGUCAAGCACUGCUAUGAAAACUACUAUGUCUACAAACUUGUUGAUCCAGGCCUGUGCCGGCUUGCAUACUGUGCAGGUAUUGUUUGAUUUAAAAUACAAAAGUUUAUACUCAGUAAAUAAGACAAAAAGGAAAUUGAUUGAAAUUGAAAUUGAUUGAGAAACAACUGAGCUGCUGUCCACAAAUCUGAAAAUAACUUACUCAUUUAAGCCACCUUUGGUCAAACAAUAGUGUCUAACUGUUUUUAAUGUAAACAGAGGUGAACGGAACAUCUCCUGUGGUACCUUCAUCAACACCUGAACCAAACACUCCCACCACUCCCAACUAUGUGAACAUCACCUCCACCACAACAGCAGGAAACAGCUCAACAGCUGACGGGGAGGUCCGCCUGGUGAAUGGGAACAGCUCCUGCUCUGGCAGAGUAGAGAUCCUCCACCGUGGACAGUGGGGGACAGUGUGUGAUGAUUUAUGGGAUGUACGAGAUGCUCAGGUGGUCUGCAGACAGCUGGACUGUGGCUCAGUCUUGACAGCACAGACAGAUGCUUUUUUUGGACCGGGCAGUGGACCCAUCUGGAUGGUUGACGUCGCAUGCACUGGUCAUGAGUCAGAGCUCAGUGACUGUGUGCACAGAGGGUUUGGAAGUCACAAUUGUAGCCACACUGAGGAUGCAGGUGUCAUUUGUGAAGGUAAAAACAUUGUGUUGCACCAUCUCUGAAGCUAUUGCAAAAUACUCUUUAGCAGAAGCAGAUGCACUGAUGUGUGAUUUUAAAUAAACUUGUUAAUAAAAACUAUCUCUUAAAUGUGUCUCAUACAUCUGAUGUGUUUCAGGUUUACAGCCAGUUGCUUUACCACUGAGGCUGGUAAACUCUGACAACCGCUGCUCUGGCAGAGUGGAGGUCUACCAUGAGGGACAGUGGGGGACAGUGUGUGACGAUUUCUGGGACCUCAGCGAUGCCGAUGUGGUGUGUAGACAGCUGGACUGUGGUGCUGCUAUCUCAGCUCUAUCAAAUGCUGCUUUUGGACAGGGCAGUGGACCCAUCUGGUUGGACGAUGUGAGCUGUUCUGGCAAUGAAUCCUAUCUUACACACUGCAGACAUCGAGGGUUUGGGGUUCACAAUUGCGGUCAUGUUGAAGAUGCCAGUGUGGUUUGUGAAGGUAUGUGUUGGCACUUACUCAUAUCAACCUCAACUCUAAUGGUUUACAUUUGACCAGAAAAAUUUUCUGUUGUUCCUUUCACUGCCUGAUAAAAUCCCUUGUCUGGCUUCAAAUUCUCUACCUUGUCUGAGAACAGCCUGAGCCAAGGCCUGCCUUUUCCUUUUUGAGACACCUGAUGGUUUGCCAGAACUUCCUUGAGGUCAACCAAAAGUCCUCCUUCAUAGCCUCUCCACAUUCUUUUCACAUUGGGGUUCUUGCUUUUGCAGCCACUGUGACUGCAGCCCUCCUGGCCUUUCAGCUGCUUCUAAAGACCCCUGGGCUAACCAAGCUCAAAAGAGCUCCUUCCUCAGUCUGACUGCUUCCUCACCAAUGUUGUCCAUCAACAGGUUUGAAGGUUGCCACUACUACAGGCAUUGAUUAACUCCAGGCCACAGCUGCUACUGGCUGCUUCUACAAUGGAGGCUUUGAACACAGUCCAUCAUGAUUCCAUUUCCCCAACCUCUCUUGAGAUGCACAAGAAAUCCUUCCAGAGAGGGAGUUGAAGACCUUACUAAUAGGGACCUUUGCCAGACAUUCAUAAUCCACCUGUACUUUAUGUUUUGGUUCACCAGGUAUAUCCGGGAGCCUCACCCACCAUCUAAGCCAACUUUCCAUUGGGUGGUGAUUAGUUGGGAGCUCUGCUCCUCUCUUCACCCAAAAUGUUGAAACAUACAACUGCAGAUCAGAUAUGACAGUUGAUCUCUAGCCUAGGGUCGCUUGAUACCUGGUACACUCACGAACCACCAUUUGCUCACAAAUGGUGUUAGCUAUUGCUAAUCAUGACUAGCAUAGAAGUCCAAAGCACUGCCCAGGCUCAGCUCUGGCAGGCUGUUAUUCCCAACCACUCCUCCCCCGAAUGUCUCAAUUAUUUUCCAUGUGCACUAGGAACCUCUUGAAAACUAUGGAGUCCCCAGCUGGGAACUUUUCCAGGGCCCCACCCACAUACUCCAAGAAGGUUGUGUACACUGACCUGCUACUUGGCCAUUAUGCGCAACAACAGACUUUGCCUUCUCCCUACAACCUGACGCCUCAGAGAGGUUACCUUCUUGGUUCCUGGAGAAGACUCUAACACUCCCCACACCUACCAAGUGCCUCACUCACAAGGACCAUGCAAGAAGAGAGCCCAGCCUCUCUCCGGCAGUUUAGCCCCAGAGCCAGUGCAAUGGUUCUGACUACAUCUGUACAGUACCACUUCACCUAAAGCAGCAACUUCAGCUCCUUACCUACCAGUGAGGAAAAUUUCCACAUCCCAAGAACAAAUCCAUAACUCCAUGAAUAAGCAUGCCCAAACCUACUGCAAUGACUUGACAGGCUUCCAAUGCACUACACCUUGCCUAGCCUUGAGGCUGAUGGGCCCACAGGGCAGUGGCUUCUUGCUGUUUCUUCAGACUGAGCCCAACCAGGCUCCAUGGAGGAGUCCAACCCUUUGUUGUUUAGAUGUGAAUACAUAUUUAAGCAAGAUAAAGAGAUACACUGAUAGAAGAUACACAGGUUAUUAAAAAAAUACAAGGUUAUAUUUCAAGAGUUUUUCCCAGGACUGUGAAUCAUUGUUUAACAAUGCUAAAGCUGGAGGGGGCAGUAGAAUGUUGGGGACUAUUCAGAAAACUUUCUUAUCUUUUAAUACAGCAGCAGAAAACAACUCAACAGCUGAGGGGGAGGUCCGUGUGGUGAAUGGGAACAGCUCCUGCUCUGGCAGAGUAGAGAUCUUCCACCGUGGACAGUGGGGGACAGUGUGUGAUGAUAGCUGGGGUCUGCUGGAUGCUCAGGUGGUCUGCAGACAGCUGGGCUGUGGUAGGGUUCUGUCAGCACCACAGUUUGCUGCUUUUGGACAAGGCAGUGGACCCAUCUGGAUGGAUGAAGUCUCAUGCACUGGUCAUGAAUCAGAGCUCAGUGAGUGCAGGCACCCAGGGUUUGGAGUUCAUGACUGUAGCCACAGUGAGGAUGCUGGUGUUGUUUGUGAAGGUAAAUACAUAUUAUGUGUCACAAGCCGUCUGUGGUACUUUAUCAAGCUAAAAAAAAAACAGUUUAGUAAUCUGUCACCAACUAGAUUACAUAAAACAUGACUUAGACACCACACUUGUCACCCUUAUCUUCAGCCUUAAAUUUUAUUAUUUCUCUUUUCACUCCCUGCCCAUUCCCUCUUUUCCUGCAUUGUCAAAAUUCUGAUCCACACUAAUCAUGGAACAAAAAGCUAAAAAGAUGAAAAAGAAGAGAUAAAGUAUUUAGUAUUACAGCACAUCAUUGUUUUUAUGAAGUUUACACUUGAGAUGUGUUCAUAUCAUUAAUGUCAUGACUUACAUUUCCCAUCAGCUGCUGCUCCAGUAAGGCUGGUGAACUCUGGCAGCCCCUGCUCUGGCAGAGUGGAGGUCUACCAUGAUGGACGGUGGGGGACAGUGUGUGAUGAUUUCUGGGACCUCAGGGAUGCCAACGUGGUGUGUAGACAGCUGGGCUGUGGUGCUGCUCUUUCAGCUCCGUCAAACGCAGCUUUUGGACUGGGCAGUGGACCCAUCUGGAUGGACGAUGUGAGCUGUUUUGGCAAUGAAACAUCUAUUACAGACUGCAGACAUCGAGGGUUUGGGAACCACAAUUGUGGUCAUCAUGAAGAUGCUGGAGUUGUCUGUGGAGGUAAAUCCAUUUUCUUUAACCCACUUUGAUCCUUAUAGGGUUACUUUAUUUUCUUUAAGCUGUACCGGCAUAAAAACAUGUCUCUCAUUAAAUUGAUGUUUUUAAACUUUGCGAUUUUUGUUUUUGAGGACUUACGCUCUACAAUUUUAUGUUUUCACAUGCAAUGUAUUCUGUGGUCUUUUUUCAGUCUUUACACCUCAGCAUUACCUGCUCAUUUGUAGCCCAGAUACACUUCGAUUGGGGGUGGAUAUAGCUGGCCUGACAUCCUCCGGUUUGAACCCAUUCUCUGGCAACUUGGCAUCUCCCAACUGCUCCUGGAACCGAGUGAACAAUAAUGUAGUGUGGUAUGAGGUGGAGGCCAGGGAGGGUCUCUGUAGAACCACUCUGACGGUAAAGACUUGACCGGUUUUACUUUGAGAAUCAGAUUGUAUGUAGGAUAAAAGAUAAGAUCUUUUUUGGUACAGUUUGGUCAUGUCUGUAAUGCUACUGACAACAUCAUAUCCAAAGUUAACUUUCUGGUAACACAAUCAUUCUGUUAUUUUCAGACCAACAGAACACAUGCCAUCUACUCCAACAUCUUAUUUAUCUAUCCUUUAAACAAUGAGUCCUUUAACCUUCCUGUGAGCGUCCCCUUCUCCUGUGCGUACACCCUGGAAUUAGACACCAACUUGAAUGUGGUUAUCAGACCAGUGCUGCCGUAAGUAGCCUCGAAUUACUUAUUAACUCUGAAGUGGACUUGAUGUACUUUUAGUAUGUACUCCGAUUUUGACUUUAGCAGACACGGAAAUGUUUCGAUUUGCUGCAUGAUGUAUAUUUCUGAAUCAACUAAAAACACAAAGAUAUGUCCAGAAUACUCUGAAAUGCUUAAAACUAGUCAUUUAAAGAGGAACUAGAAAAUUCCCUCUGGGAAAUUUUGAACGGGCGUUGGAGGUUAGUGCCGGGGUGUGUACAUUAUGAUGAGAUUCUUCAGAGACUGUAAAUAAUUAAAACUGUUAAUACUAUUGUGAUUUUAUAUACAAGGAGCACUACUACAACAAACAUUCCUUUAACUCCAAUAAUUGUUCUUUUUUUUGCUUGUCCCAUUGACUUCAAAAUUUUUUUAUGGUUUUUGUGACAUACGUCACAACAGAGGCCGCUUUUUAUCAUUAAUGAAAUUGCCCUGAAAGUGAUUAAAUGAUGCAGACAUCAGGGCAGUCCCUGGUUAGGGAAUUGGUCUCAGCCAUAGACUGAAUGUACUACAGACAACUAGGUUGCGCCGUCCGCCAGUAUACGAAAUUGAAGCCAAAAAGCUCUCGGUAAGUCCGCGCUUUUUCUCCAUUUCCUGGAACCAACAUUGUACAGUAGUACUGUGCGCAUCCGACGGGAGAGUCGCUGAGUCGCUCCGAUGACGUUCGGCUCAAACAGCAUUUCCCCCCGGUGAGCUAAGCAAUCCUUGUAUGCCCAUAGGCUGUAUCAGGUGUCAAUCAUAGAAAACUUGAACCUGUCCAUUCUAUAUACACAUACAAUGUUAAAAAGUAAUAGCCAUAGACUGUAUACAGAAUGGAUGCCGUCUGCCUCCUCGCUGGGUGAAGCCACCCUGUGAACAGCACCCUCUGGUGACGGGCUGCAGUAUAGGUCAUAAAUCCCGCCUCCUCCAGCAAUCUCUAUGGAGUUGUGGACAAACUUUAGAAAUUUAUUACACAGAAUAUAAAUGUUUCUCCCCCCUGGAUGCGAUGUUGACAUGUAGUUACUGUAAGACUGGUUUGUGCUCAAGUCCUCUUUUUUCACUUUUUUCACUUUUUAAAAGUUAUUUGGGGGUUCAUGGUUUCUGUGAUUGACACUUGAUACAGCCUAUGGGCGUACGAAGAUUGCGUAGCUCACCCAGGGGAUACGCUGUUUCAGCUGAGCGUCAUCACAGCGACUCUCCCCCGAAUGCGCACAAUGCUACUGUGCAAGUCGUGGAGUGCGUACAACGCUAUGGCGCAAUGUUGGUUUCAGGAAAUGGAGACAAAACGUGGAAUCACUGAAAGCUUUUCAGCUUCAAAUCUGUAUACUGGCGGAAGGCGGAACCAAGUUGUCCAUAGUAUAUACAGUCUAUGGUGAUAGCACACCGAUCCAAAUCAAGUCACAUGUUUAUAUGUGUAAUCUGCUCCACGGCCCUUUUAGCUGUAGGACUAGUCACGAAAUUGAAAUAUGUCUGGAAGAGGAAUAAGAAAAACUCACUAAAGUUGUUUUACUAACUAAAAGAGGAUGUAUAAACAGGUUUUGACUGCCUUAAAAUUAACAAUAUGGUCUUUGCAGGGCAGCAGGUGGAAUUUCAGGAUCAGGUCCCAGAAACAGGGCCUCGAUGUUUCUUUUUGUCAACUCGGCCUACACUGAGACCUAUCCACCCGGCCGGGUCAGCCUGCCUGUGGGUUCACCUUUGUUUGUGGGUGUCUUUGCACAAGGGAGAGAUCCCAACUUUGUUGCUGUUCUGGACAACUGCUACAUCUCUUACUCAUCCUCCCCUAAUAAUCCUACACUAUACCCUCUUAUCCGGAACAGGUGAGAGUCUUCAAGUCUAAGAGUAUUGUUUGAUGAGUAUGAUGGAAAAGUUAAAUGAGCAUUUACACUGUAAGCCCUGUUGACCUGGUAAGUUGCUGCUUCUCUCUUCCAGGUGUCCCGUUGACAGCCGACUGGUGUCUGUGACUGAGAGUGGCAGGUCUUACCGUGCUCGAUUCACUGCCCUGCUCUUCCCGCCAGACGGUGAAUCCAGAGAUAUUUAUCUCCAUUGUAAUCUCAGCAUGUGUGACCGAAGGUACUCCAUCUGUAUCCCAGUAAGUCAAACAGUAUUUUCAUAAGUAUCAUUAUCUAUGCAUAACCCUUGUUAUUAAAAAAUAAAUGGAUGAUGACAUAAUCUGUCACUUUUCUAAGUCCUGUGGAAGGAGGAGAUCUCGUUCUGUGUCCAACUCUGAUGCCAUGGAGAGCCUCACCAUCGGACCUGUUGCUUGUGAGUAUUAGUUUCUAUUUGGUAAAAGGGCUGAUUUAUUAAAACACUGAAUAACACAGAAAUAACUCUCAUACUUUCUGUCUUUCUUUCUUUAUCUUUAGGGCAAAAGUCAGCUGAGUGAGCUGGUCACAAACUUUUACAAACUCAUUUUAGACUGUAAUACUAUUUUGUACUGCAUGUAUGUUACAUUAACAAGACAUCAAACUAUGAGAAAAGUUACUCCAGAUAAACGGUCAUAUCAGACUUCAUGUUGUUUCUCUGUUCUGACACAUUUAAAUGGUUGAAAUCAAACCAAAAUAUAGAAGUGAGAAGUAGCUAAAUGAUGUGAAUUUACUGUAUACACACGAUUCUUAAAAUGCACUUUGUCUUGGACCAAUUAUAUUUUUCUAAAGUUGUGAUUUAAUCAAUGACAGAUUUGUGAAUGCGAUUGAAGUGCUCAAUAAAGUGUCAACUAUGCAAAAAUGCAGGAUUGCGUGUUCUUUUAAAUAACACUGCCCUCUAGUGGCUGAAUGUCUCAGACUGAAUCUGACAAGGACAGUAAAUACCUGAUAAAAUACGGUCUAUUUGAUUUUCCACUCAACACAUAAUCAUUCACAAAACAAAAAGCUGUGUUCACAUGAAGUUGACUACUUGAUACAUCAGACAUGAUGUCCACUUACUUUAAAUUCUGGUAUGUGUAAUCUCUUAUCUGUCUGCCUGUCAUGGUGUUGAGGGGGCAGAGGAAAAGUGAGGCUCACAGGGUGGAGUUGUACAGACUUUUCCUCUCUUUGUAUUGUUAGUCCAGCUAAGUUUGCAAAUGAUUGCCAAUUCACAGUUGCAGGAACUCAGCUCUGCAUGUCAGCAACAUCGAUUAUUGAAUGUUUCAUUACUGCAAAGGAGAAAUACAAUCAGUGAAAACAAAAAAACUAAAAGGUUCUGCCACAUUUUAUCAAGCAUGCUGCUUCAACAUCAUCACUCUGGUUUGAAUAAAGUCAGUCUAAGUUAAAAGAUGUUUCUAUUAGACAGUUUUGGGACCCUGUCAUUAUUUGUGAUUCAGUCAGCAUUCACAUUUUGCUGAAUACCGUCUGCUAUCUGCACAGAGCAAUUUAACCAUUGUAUUCUAUCACAAAUCAAUCAAUCAAUUGCUGUCAAGUCUGGUUUGCCUGGAUUCCCCUCACCAGGGCCUGCUGUGCCGCCUGCCCAAACAGCUCCCCUGGAACCACUAGGAGACUGCGGAGGGCCCUGUGGCCCGACUCUGAAAGAGAACACUGGGCAUUCUCCACACCUGAUGGCGGGUCAGGGUGAGUGUUGACAUCAACCUGCCAGGCUCCCUUGACAUCAGGGCAAAGGCCUGUUAUAAUGCAUUGCUCAAGCUCUGGUCAGAAGCAUCCACUUUGGAGGACUGCAUGGCCAGAGACAAGGUCAAAAUCAAAUAGGAAAGGAAGUUCCCGAUACGCUCCAUGUGGUCUGCAGUAUCAUUAUACUUCACUCUAAGGUCAUUUGUAACCUAACACUGUGGCCUAGGGCAGCAGGCAUCAGAUCUCAAGACCUCUUCCAGGGCUACAGUAAGGGAGGCAAUGGACGGCUGGACAGCUGGCAUCUGGCCCAGCUGGUGGCUGCUGGCCUUUUGCAUGGAAGCUAGAACCCUACCAUCAACCGAAGAAUGUGCUACCCGAUGCGCUAGCAGCUGGGGCCUCAUCCAAACCCAGAUGCAUCAGUGCUAAGCGAAUCAUCAGUUUGAUCAAGGCUGAGGCAGCCUCAGAGCCAUCCCCAGACCUGCACCCUGUCUGCGAAGAGCAGAUCUCUGAAGCAGGAAGAGAGGCCUUUCCUUCAUCGUUGGCAGACCCACUCACCCAAAACUGACUACGGGAAGCCCUUGUAGACAGCUCACCCUUGUCCCAACCUGUUGAGGUAGGAGCCCCAUCCUGUGGGCUGUCCAUCUGCACUGCCACCCCCCUACCUGGUUGAAGAUUAAGAAGCAGACCCUUAAUUUCAGCAAAUUCUUGGACCACCUUAGCAGCCAGACCCUGCAUCUUUUUACCCUUCUUUGGCGGGGGAGCACCUUCCUGGAGGGGGUAUUUUCUGCCACCCAGGCUACUGGCAGAUUCACCAGAGGGAGACAAUUGGUCCCCUUGCUGCCAUCCUUCAACCUCGACCAGCCAAACCUGCAUUAAAUCACAGGGCAUGAAGCUGCAAUUCAUGCACUGAUUGUCAGACAGCCCUUGCCUAAGGUGAGUGACACCAAGGCAUUGGAUUCAUAUUUAGUGUAUGAAUUCAGGCUCACAGCCAAUACUUACCUCGGCGCCAUACCUUAGAGCCGAACCUGGGGAGAUCACUGCCAUGCCAAUAAGGACUUAUCACAGUCUUUGGAGCUAACCUCGUGGUUUAAGUGUUCCAAGUGAAAAAUAUACUGAGCUCUUCUACAUAACAACCUGCAUCUACGUAGAACAUGCAGGAAGAUUAAAGGGACGCCCAUCAGGGUGACGCUGGCUUGUAUAGGAUACGUCAUGCGUCAUCCCUGGGUACAUGACCUUGUUGAUAUAAAAUACUUGACCUGCACAUGAGACAGAGAUCCAGUGUGAAGAACUGGAAAGACUAAAGACUUUAAGACUAAAAGUUCGAGUUUUCUUUUGAAUGAUGCCUAACUUCCGAAGUGUUUCAAUUGUUUUAAAUACUGAGCACAGUAUACCAUUUCACAAACCUCAAAUGUCUUGAUCACAUUUUAUGGUUUUCAUUUGGCAAUAGAUAAAUGUCAACAGUUUCCUCCAGCAUAAUAAAACACUGGAAAUAUGAAGUGUAAAAGUUAACGGAAGAAGCACAUUGAUCCUUGGUCCUAGGUCAGCGACUCAAAGAAGGUUUCUGUUUUUUUUCUCUUGUUUAAUACGUACUGCUCCAAAUUUCAGAGAAACAAACAAUUGUUUCAUGAAAGAAAAAAAUUACUGAAACUUAAAAUAAGUCAACAAAACUCCUGCUGUGUAGACCAAGUGGCUCACAGUCGAUCAUGAUUGAACUGUUGAUUAUCACCUCAAAUCAAGAGUCCUGUCAAAUAGAAAUCUGGAUGUCAGUAGGACAGAAGUAGACAGUUGACAAAGCACUCGUUCUCAAGGUAAACGUAAUAAUGAAUUUAAUGUUUUGGGUGAUUCCAGCUGCAAGCUGACUGGACUUUAAAAUGAUAUGCAGUUAAAAGCACGAGAAAACCCAAACACUUUUUGGACACUUUUGGAGAUUAUUCCAUCAAACUACUUUAUACUAGGUCUCCUUUGUGCUCAGAGACUCCAUAGCAAUUCAAACAUUGGUUGAUUGGAGUGCCAUAAAAAAGCCGAUCUGGCACUUUGGUCUCAUGCCAGAUCUGAUUGAAUUUUACCCUGUAUCAGUGCUGCCAAUGACCUAUUUCAUUUGUUUCAUCAAUGAAUGUCUCACAAACAAGUAGGUGGACUCACAAAAAGGUAUAAAUUCUCACUCUCAGAGAAAGAGCUUCACCUUCCAACUCUCCAUCUAGGACUUCUACAGCAGCUCCAAGGUCGGUGCAAAGACAGACUAAGAUUUUAAUUCAAUGCUUUUUAAAAACAUGUUCAAAGACAUCUCUUUUCUUCUUUUUCAGCACAUUAGUAUCUUGGAUCUGGUCCAUAAUGGGGGCUCUCAAGGGGCUUUUGUUGCUUCUAAUUUUACAGAUUUCUACUGCAAGCACCUCAGGUAAACCAACUGACUUCUUAUGUGGGCUUGGACAAUAAGACACUUACUGUGAAUCCUAUUCAAUUUUUAGUCAUUGGCAUAAAUUCUUCUUUUGAAGAUUAUUAUGUUUGUAUUCUACAAAACAGCUGACAUAAAUGACAAUAUGGUGAAGAUUAAAAACUAUCAAAUGACAUGUAACUUUAAGGUUAUCCAGUUAAACUUUUAUUUAACUCUCUGAGGGUAUCCUCAGAGCUGUGUUGGGUCAGGACCAAAUGUUUCUGCAAUAUGAUAUUAACUGAGCAGUAGCUUGUUGAAAUUCUGGUAAGCCAAGUGAAAACUGAAUACAGUAGUGGUAAGAGAAGUGAAUAGGUGUCACACUAAUAUUAGCUGUGGAGCAUCUGCGAAUCAGUAUUAGUAUACCAGUAUAGCAGAGAUGCUUUUUUCAACAUGAACAUUAGUUUCAGUCUUUUCUUGCACAAAAUUUCUUUUUUUUUUUCAAGAAUAUCAGUGUCAGAUUUUUAAUUAAUUUCAUUCAUGUUUUUAAAAGCAUCACAGUCCAAAUUCCAACUCAAAUCAAGUGAAGUAAGCCUACACAUUGUGAGUGUGCCACAAGAGGAGGUCAUAUCAUUUGGUUGCAGAAACUUAAUUAUGAAUGUACAUAACUGAGGUUUUUAGAAUUAAAAUUGGAUUUUGAAUUUGAGUUUUAAAAAAUUCAUCAAAAAAGAAACAACAAUGGAAAGAAUUUAAUAUUUCAAAAAAUCUAACAGCAAGAAAUUCAGUGUACAGUAUAAACAGCCAGUGAAGACGAUGGUGCCUCUAUGAUUAUACGUACUUUCUCUGGGAAUUUUUUGACACUGAAUUUUUUGAUAAGUUGAAUUUUUAUAAACUGGAUUUUUUUGAGAUAGAGAUUUUUGAGGCUAAUUUUAUUUUAUUUUAUUUUAUUAUUUUUUUGCAUUGGAUAAAAACUUAGUGGCAAAAAACUUUUUGGUGCUAUAAAUCUGAUGGUUUUUGAAAUUCAAAAUCCAAUCUUGAUGCUGAAAAAUCCAGUUCUAGAAACUCAAAUUCAAACUCAGAUGGCACUAAUUUACUUCGAUACUCAAUUUCCAACAAAAUCUUGUCCUCCCUUAAAUGUAGAUUCACAGGUAUCAUCCUCUGAUGAGAUUUGAUGUGUGUGUGAUUGUUCUCUAAAAAAUAGAAAAAAGGACAUUAUUGACAUUGAUUCUCUAUUUUACUUGAUUUUGUCCAGAAAAAAACAUCUUUAAUUCUUUCAUAAAACAAACUCUUCUUGUACUUAUACAGGAACUCUUGUCCCCACCUGUGAAUCAUGUCAUGAUCAAGCUGCCUGUCUGGAGUUUAAAGAAAGAGACGACACUUUCUCAAGCCAGUCGCUCUCAUGUGUCUGUAAAGAUGGUUUUGUAGGUGACGGUCUCAGGUGUUAUGACGUAAAGCUCUGCAGUGACUCUUCUUGCUGUAAAGAUGGUUAUCACUGGUCACCGGACAAAGGCUGUGUGGACACUGAUGAAUGCUCCCUCAAAGACUCGCCCUGCAAACCAUCUCAGGUUUGCCAAAACACUCCAGGCUCCUUUGAAUGCCUGGAGCCUCACCCCAGCUCCAGAUCUGGUCCAUCCUUCCAGUCUGGCCGGUUCAGCUGUGGAAACACAACAUGUCCUUUGGGCAUGGACUGCAUCCGUGUGAACGGGACCCUCAGCUGUGCUGAUCCCUGCCAGCAUUACACUGUACUGAAUGAUGAGUGGAGAUCAACCAAUAACACCUCCAACCUGAUUCACUGUGAUCGAGAUAUUUACUGGCAAGGUUGGUAUCGGCUUUUUCUGGGACAAACCAGUGCUCAAAUCCCAGAUUGGUGUGUGCCUCCAAACAGGUGUGGAACCCAUGUCCCUUUGUGGAUAACAACACCUCAUCCCACACAGCCAGGUCGGGUUGAACGUCGCACUGUGUGUAACUCCUGGUCUGGCAGCUGCUGCCACUUUGCCUCACAAAACAUCCAUGUCAAGCUCUGCUAUGGAAACUACUAUGUCUACAAACUUGUUGAUCCAGGCCUGUGCCGGCAUGCAUACUGUGCAGGUAUUGUUUGAUUUUAAAGCUAAUUCAAAAAAACAAGUUUAUACUCAGUAAUUAAGACAAAAAGGAAAUUGAUACAGUCUUAUAAAUGACUUACAAAUCAAGAAACUGAGCUGCUGUCCACAAAUCUGAAUAAAACUUACUCAUUUAAGCCACCUUUGGUCAACCAACAGUGUCUAACUGUUUUUAAUGUAAACAGAGGUGAAUGGAACAUCUCCUGUGGUACCUUCAUCAACACCUGAACCAAACACUCCCACUACUCCCAACUAUGUGAACAUCACCUCCACCACAAUAGCAGGAAACAGCUCAACAGCUGAGGGGGAGGUCCGCCUGGUGAAUGGGAGCAGCUCCUGCUCUGGCAGAGUAGAGAUCUUCCACCGUGGACGCUGGGGGACAGUGUGUGAUGAUAGCUGGGACAUCAGAGAUGCCAACGUGGUGUGUAGACAGCUGGGCUGUGGUGCUGCUUGUUCAGCUUUAUCAAACGCAGCUUUUGGACAGGGCAGUGGACCUAUCUGGUUGGAUGAUGUGAGCUGCUUUGGUAAUGAGCCAUCCAUUACGGACUGCAGACAUCCAGGGUUUGGGAACCACAAUUGUGCUCAUGUUGAAGACGCCAGUGUCAUCUGUGAAGGUUAAUAUUUACACAAAAAUCUCACAGUGCUUACCUCUCAAUGAGAAGAAAACUGAAUUUUACAUCCAACAACAAUAAACUACAUCAUGAAUAUUUACAUGUAGAAUUAACAGAGAACUUUGGCUCAUAACCAUUGAUGACCCUGAAGGCUGAAGGUGUGUCCAGACCUGACAAAGUCUUGUCUUUUAGGUGAUCCGGACUUUAACAGCACAGUCACAGCUACUCCUGGUCCAAUUCAAACAACUACUACUCCCAACUAUGUGAACAUGACCUCCACCACAACAGCAGGAAACAGCUCAACAGCUGAAGGGGAGGUCCGCCUGGUGAAUGGGAACAGCUCCUGCUCUGGUAGAGUAGAGAUCUUCCACCGUGGACAGUGGGGGACAGUGUGUGAUGAUAACUGGGGUCUGCUGGAUGCUCAGGUGGUCUGCAGACAGCUGGGCUGUGGUGGGGUUUUGUCAGCACCACAGUUUGCUGCUUUUGGACAAGGCAGUGGACCCAUCUGGUUAGAUGAAGUCUCAUGCGCUGGUCAUGAAUCAGAGCUCAGAUGGUGCGGGCACAGAGGGUUUGGAAAUCAUGACUGUAGCCACAGUGAGGAUGCUGGAGUUGUUUGUGAAGGUAAGUACAAUUUUUAGGUUUUUGUGUUCAGCCCAUUGUAGAAUAAGAAAAGUCAGCUGUUAAAGAAUCAUAAAAUAUAACUUUGACCAUAUUUAUAUCUGUACACUCAUCAGCCUCAGAUAUAUCUAUGAUUUUUCAGCAGAAGGACAUGUUCCUCUAAGCAAAUAGAAAAGGAUCUAUAAGUCUUGCAUUCAUGUUUGAUAUCAGAUCAUUUCUCUUUUUUUCAGCACCAGCUGCUGCUCCAGUGAGGCUGGUAAACUCUGACAGCCGCUGCUCUGGCAGAGUGGAGGUCUACCAUGAGGGACGCUGGGGGACAGUGUGUGAUGAUAGCUGGGACCUCAGGGACGCCAACGUGGUGUGUAGACAGCUGGGCUGUGGUGCUGCUCAUUCAGCUCUGUCAAACACAGCUUUUGGACAGGGCAGUGGACCCAUCUGGAUGGAUGAUGUGAGCUGCUUUGGUAAUGAGCCAUCCGUUACAGACUGCAGACAUCCAGGGUUUGGGGUUCACAAUUGUGGUCAUGUUGAAGACGCCAGUGUCAUCUGUGAAGGUAAAUACUGACGUAACAGUUUGUUGCUGAUGAGAAAAAACCCUCAUCUUUCAUUUUUAAUACUGACCACAGACCAGUUAGCACUGUAUUGUAUCACCAAAAUCCCACAAUGCUCACCUCUUUAUGAGAAGAAAACUGAAUUUUACAUCCACCAACAAUAAACUACAUCAUGAAGAUUAACAUGUAGAAUUAACAAAGAACUUUGGCUCAUAACCAGUGAUGACCCUGAAGGCUGAAGAUGUGUCCAGACCUGAAAAAGUCUUGUCUUUUAGGUGAUCCAAACUUUAACAACACAGUCACAGCUACUCCUGGUCCAAUUCAACCAACUACUACUCCCAACUAUGUGAACAUCACCUCCACCACAACAGCAGGAAACAGCUCAACAGCUGAAGGGGAGGUCCGCCUGGUGGAUGGGAACAGCUCCUGCUCUGGCAGAGUAGAGAUCUUCCACCGUGGACAGUGGGGGACAGUGUGUGAUGACAGCUGGGACAUCAGGGAAGCCAACAUGGUGUGUAGACAGCUGGGCUGUGGUGCUGCUCGUUCAGCUCUGUCAAACGCAGCUUUUGGACAGGGCAGUGGACCCAUCUGGGUGGAUGAUGUGAGCUGCUUUGGUAAUGAGCCAUCCAUUACAGACUGCAGACAUCCAGGGUUUGGGAACCACAAUUGUGCUCAUGUUGAAGACGCCAGUGUCAUCUGUGAAGGUAAAUAUUUACACAAAAAUCUCACAGUACUCACCUCUCAAUGAGAAGAAAACUGAAUUUUACAUCCAACAACAAUAAAAUACAUCAUGAAUAUUAACAUGUAGAAUUAACAAAGAACUUUGGCUCAUAACCAUUGAUGACCCUGAAGGCUGAAGAUGUGUCCAGACCUGAAAAAGUCUUAUCUUUUAGGUGAUCCAAACUUUAACAGCACAGUCACAGCUACUCCUGGUCCAAUUCAACCAACUACUACUCCCAACUAUGUGAACAUGACCUCCAUCACAACAGCAGGAAACAGCUCAACAGCUGACGGGGAGAUCCGCCUGGUGGAUGGGAACAGCUCCUGCUCUGGCAGAGUAGAGAUCCUCCACCGUGGACAGUGGGGGACAGUGUGUGAUGAUUUAUGGGAUGUACGAGAUGCUCAGGUGGUCUGCAGACAGUUGGACUGUGGCUCAGUCUUGACAGCACAGACAGAUGCUUUUUUUGGACCGGGCAGUGGACCCAUCUGGAUGGUUGAUGUCGCAUGCACUGGUCAUGAGUCAGAGCUCAGUGACUGUGUGCACGGAGGGUUUGGAAGUCACAAUUGUAGCCACACUGAGGAUGCAGGUGUCAUUUGUGAAGGUAAAAACAUUGUGUUGCACCAUCUCUGAAGCUUUUACAAAAUACUCUUUAGCAGAAUCAGAUGCACUGAUGUGUGAUUUUAAAAAACUGGUAAAAAAAAAACUAUCUUUAAUAUGUGUCUCAUACCUCUGAUGUGUUUCAGGUUUACAGCCAGUUGCUUUACCACUGAGGCUGGUAAACUCUGACAACCGCUGCUCUGGCAGAGUAGAGGUCUACCAUGAGGGACAGUGGGGGACAGUGUGUGAUGAUUUCUGGGACCUCAGCGAUGCCGAUGUGGUGUGUAGACAGCUGGACUGUGGUGCUGCUCGCUCAGCUCUAUCAAAUGCUGCUUUUGGACAGGGCAGUGGACCCAUCUGGUUGGACGAUGUGAGCUGUUCUGGCAAUGAAUCCUAUCUUACACACUGCAGACAUCGAGGGUUUGGGGUUCACAAUUGUGGUCAUGUUGAAGAUGCCAGUGUGGUUUGUGAAGGUAAGUGAGCCCAGCCUCUCUCCGGCAGUUUAGCCUCAGAGCCAGUGCAAUGGUUCUGACUACAUCUGUACAGUACCACUUAACCUAAAGCACCAACUUCAGCUCCUUACCUACCAGUGAGGAAAAUUUCCACAUCCCAAGAACAAAUCCAUGACUCCAUGAACAAGCAUGCCCAAACCUACUGCAAUGACUUGACAGGCUUCCAAUGCACUACACCUUGCCUAGCCUUGAGGCUGAUGGGCCCACAGGGCAGUGGCUUCUUGCUGUUUCUUCAGACUGAGCCCAACCAGACUCCGUGGAGGAGUCCAACCCUUUGUUGUUUAGAUGUGAAUACAUAUUUAAGCAAGAUAAAGAGAUACACUGAUAGAAGAUACACAGGUUAUUAAAAAAAUACAAGGUUAUAUUUCAAGAGUUUUUCCCAGGACUGUGAAUCAUUGUUUAACAAUGCUAAAGCUGGAGGGGGCAGUAGAAUGUUGGGGACUAUUCAGAAAACUUUCUUUAUCUUUUAAUACAGCAGCAGAAAACAACUCAACAGCUGAGGGGGAGGUACGUGUGGUGAAUGGGAACAGCUCCUGCUCUGGCAGAGUAGAGAUCUUCCACCGUGGACAGUGGGGGACAGUGUGUGAUGAUAGCUGGGGUCUGCAGGAUGCUCAGGUGGUCUGCAGACAGCUGGGCUGUGGUAGGGUUCUGUCAGCACCACAAUUAGCAGCUUUUGGACAAGGCAGUGGACCCAUCUGGAUGGAUGAGGUCUCAUGCACUGGUCAUGAAUCAGAGCUCAGUGAGUGCAGGCACCCAGGGUUUGGAGUUCAUGACUGUAGACACAUUAAGGAUGCUGGUGUUGUUUGUGAAGGUAAAUACAUAUUAUCAAAAUGUGUCACAAGCCGUCUGUGGUACUUUAUCAAGCUAAAAAAAAACAGUUUAGUAAUCUGUCACCAACUAGAUUACAUAAAACAUGACUUAGACACCACACUUGUCACCCUAAUCUUCAGCCUUAAAUCUUAUUUCUCUUUUCACUCCCUGCCCAUUCCCUCUUUUCCUGCAUUGUCAAAAUUCUGAUCCACACUAAUCAUGGAACAAAAAGCUAAAAAGAUGAAAAAGAAGAGAUAAAGUAUUUAGUAUUACAGCACAUCAUUGUCUUUAUCAAGUUCACACUUGAGAUGUGUUCAUAUCAUUAAUGUCAUGACUUACAUUUCCCAUUAGCUGCUGCUCCAGUGAGGCUGGUAAACUCUGGCAGCCCCUGCUCUGGCAGAGUGGAGGUCUACCAUGAUGGACGGUGGGGGACAGUGUGUGAUGAUUUCUGGGACUUCAGGGAUGCCAACGUGGUGUGUAGACAGCUGUGGUGCUGCUCUUUUCAGCUUUUCAAACGCAGCUUUUGGACUGGGCAGUGGACCCAUCUGGAUGGAUCUGGGCUGUUUUGGCAAUGAAACAUCUUUAGCAGACUGCAGAAAUGGAGGGUUUGGGAACCACAAUUGUGGUCAUCAUGAAGAUGCUGGAGUUGUCUGUGGAGGUAAAUCCAUUUUCUUUAACCCACUUUGAUCCUUAUAGGGUUACUUUAUUUUCUUUAAGCUGUACCGGCAUAAAAACAUGUCUCUCAUUAAGUUGAUGUUUUUAAACUUUGUGAUUUUUGUUUUAGAGGACUUAUGCUCUACAAUUUUAUGUUUUCACAUGCAGUGUAUUCUGCGGUCUUUUUUCAGUCCCUACACCUCAGCAUUACCUGCUCAUUUGUAGCCCAGAUACACUUCGAUUGGGGGUGGAUAUACCUGGCCUGACAUCCUCCGGUUUGAACCCACUCUCUGGCAACUUGGCAUCCCCCAGCUGCUCCUGGAACCGAGUGCACAAUAAUGUAGUGUGGUACGAGGUGGAGGCCAGGGAGGGUCUCUGUAGAACCACUCUGACGGUAAAGACUUGACCGGUUCUACUUUGAGAAUCAGAUUGUAUGUAGGAUAAAAGAUAAGAUCUUUUUUGGUACAGUUUGGUCAUGUCUGUAAUGCUACUGACAACAUCAUAUCAUCCAAAGUUAACUUUCUGGUAACACAAUCAUUCUGUUAUUUUUCAGAACAAUGUCACACAUGCCAUCUACUCCAACAUCUUAUUUAUCUAUCCUUUAAACAAUGAGUCCUUCAACCUUCCUGUGAGCGUCCCCUUCUCCUGUGCGUAUCCCCUGGAAUUAGACACCAGCUUGAAUGUGGUUAUCAGACCAGUUCUGCCGUAAGUAGCCUCUAAUUACUUAUUAACUCUGAAGUGGACUUGAUGUACUUUUAGGACGUACUCUGAUUUUGACUUUAGCAGACACGGAAAUGUUUCAAUUUGCUGCAUGAUGUAUAUUUCUGAAUCAACUAAAAACACAAAGAUAUGUCCAGAGUACUCUGAAAUGCUUAAAACUAGUCAUUUAAAGAGGAACUAGAAAAUUCCCUCUGGGAAAUUUUGAACAGGUGUUGGAGGUUAGUGGAGGUGUGUACAUUAUGAUGAGAUUCUUCAGAGACUGUAAAUAAUUAAUACUGUUAAUACUAUUGUGAUUUUAUAUACAAGGAGCACUACUACAACAAACAUUCCUUUAACUCCAAUAAUUGUUCUUUUUUCUGCUUGUCCCAAUGACUUCCAAAUUUUUUCAUGGUUUUUGUGACAUUCGUCACAACAGAGGCCGCUUUUUGAUCAUUAAUGAAAUUGCCCUGAAAGUGAUUAAAUGAGACAUGCAGACAUCAGGGCAGUCCCUGGUUAGGGAGUUGGUCUCAGCCAUAGACUGAAUGUACUACAGACAACUUGGUUGCGCCGUCCGCCAGUAUACGAAAUCGAAGCCAAAAAGCUCUCAGUAAGUCCGCAUUUUUCUCCAUUUCCUGGAACCAACAUUGUACAGUAGUAUUGUGCGCAUCCGGCGGGAGAGUUGCUGAGUCGCUCCGAUGACGUUCGGCUCAAACAGCGUAUCCCCCCAGUGAGCUAAGCAAUCCUUGUAUGCCCAUAGGCUGUAUCAGGUGUCAAUCAUAGAAAACUUGAAAACUAGAAAAGUAAUAGCCAUAGACUGAAUAUAGAAUGGAUGCCGUCUGCCUCCUCGCUGGGUGAAGCCACCCUGUGAACAGCACCCUCUGGUGACGGGCUGCAGUAUAGGUCAUAAAUCCCGCCUCCUCAAGCAAACUUAAUGGAGCUGUGGACAAACUUUAGAAAUUAAUUACACAGAAUAUAAAUGUUUCUCCCCCCUUGGUUGCGAUGUUGACAUGUGGUUACAGUAAGACUGGUUUGUGCUCAAGUCCUCUUUUUUCACUUUUUAAAAGUUAUUUGGGGGUUCAUGAUUUCUAUGAUUGACACUCGAUACAGCCUAUGGGCGUACGAAGAUUGCGUAGCUCACCCGAGGGAUACGCUCUUUCAGCUGAGCGUCAUCACAGCGACUCUCCCCCGAAUGCGCACAAUGCUACUGUGCAAGUAGUGGAGUGCGUACAAUGCUAUGGCGCAAUGUUGGUUUCAGGAAAUGGAGACAAAACGCAGAAUCACUGAAAGCUUUUCGGCUUCAAAUCCAUAUACUGGCGAAAGGCAGAACCAAGUUGUCCAUAGUAUAUACACCGAUCCUAAUCAAGUCACACGUUAAUAUAUGUAAUUUAUUCCACGGCCCUUUAAACUGUAGGACUAGUCGCGAAAUUGAAAUAUGUCAGGAAGAGGAAUAAGAAAAACUCCACAGUAUAACAAUAGUGCCUUGGGGCACAGCUCCAACUAACUAAAGUUGUUGGACUAACUAAAAGAGGAUGUAUAAACAGGUUUUGACUGCCUUAAAAUUAACAAUAUGGUCUUUGCAGGACAGCAAGUGGAAUUUCUGGAUCAGGUCCCAGAAACAGGGCCUCGAUGUUUCUUUUUGUCAACUCAGCCUACACUCAGAUGUAUCCACCUGGCCGGGUCAGCCUGCCUGUGGGUUCACCUUUGUUCGUGGGUGUCUCUGUACCAGGGAGAGAUCCCAACUUUGUUGCUGUUCUGGACAACUGCUACGCCUCUCACUCAUCCUCCCCUAAUAAUCCUAUGCUAUACCCUCUUAUCCGGAACAGGUGAGAGUCUUCAAGUCUAAGAGUAUUGUUUGAUGAGUAUGAUGGAAAAGUUAAAUGUGCAUUUAUACUGUAAGCCCUGUUGACCUGAUAAGUUGCUGCUUCUCUCUUCCAGGUGUCCCGUUGACAGCCGACUGGUGUCUGUGACUGAGAGUGGCAGGUCUUACCGUGCUCGAUUCACUGCCCUGCUCUUCCCGCCAGAUGGUGAAUCCAGAGAUAUUUAUCUCCAUUGUAAUCUCAGGUUGUGUGACCGAAGGUACUCCGUCUGUGUCCCAGUAAGUCAAACAGUAUUUUCACAAGUAUCAUUAUCUAUGCAUAACCCUUGUUAUUAAAAAUAAAUGGAUGAUGACAUUAUCUGUCACUUUUCUAAGUCCUGUGGAAGGAGGAGAGCUCGUUCUGUGUCCAACUAUGAUGCCAUGGAGAGCCUCACCAUCGGACCUGUUGCUUGUGAGUAUUAGUUUCUAUUUGGUAAAAAGGCUGAUGUCUUAAAACACUGAAUAACACAGAAAUAACUCUCAUGUUUUCUGUGUUUCUGUCUUUAUCUUUAGGGGAAAAGUCAGCUGAGUGAGCUGGUCACAAACUUUUACAAACUCAUUUUAGACUGUAAUAAUAUUUUGUGCUGCAUGUAUCUUACAUUAACAAGACAUCAAACUACAAGAAAAGUUACUCCAGAUAAGCGGUCAUAUCAGACUUCAUGUUGUUUCUCUGUUCUGACACAUUUAAAUGGUUGAAAUCAAACCAAAAUAUAGAAGUGAGAAGUACCUACACCAUGUGAAUUUACUGUAUACACACGAUUCUUAAAAUGCACUUUGUCUUGGACCAAGUAUAUCUUUCUAAAGUUUUGAUUUAAUCAAUGACAGAUUUGUGAAUGCAAUUGAAGUGCGCAAUAAAGUGUCAACUAUGUAAAAAUGCAGGAUUGCGUCUUCUUUUAAAUAACACUGCCCUCUAGUGGCUGAACGUCUCAGGCUGAAUCUGACCAGGACAGUAAAAACCUGAAAAAAUACGGUCUAUUUGAUUUUCCAUUCAACUUAUAAUCAUUCACAAAACAAAAAGCUGUGUUCACAUGAAGUUGACUACUUGAUACAUCAGGCAUGAUGUCCACUUACUUCAAAUUCUGGUAUGUGUUAUCUCUUCUUUGUCUGCCUGUCAUGGUGUUGAGGGGGCAGGGGAAAAGUGAGGCUCACAGGAUGGAGUUGUACUAACUUUUCCUCUCUUUGUAUUGUUGGUCCAGCUAAGUUUGCAAAUGAUUGCCAAUUCACAGUUGCAGGAACUCAGCUCUGCAUAUCAGCAAAGUCAAUUAUUGAAUGUUUCAUUACUGCAAAGGAGAAAUACAAUCACUGAAAACAAAAAAACUAAAAGGUUCUGCCACAUUUUAUCAAGCAUGCUGCUUCAACAUCAUCACUCUGGUUUGAAUAAAAGUCAGUCUAAGUUAAAAGAUAUUUCUAUUACAGUUUUGGGACCCUGUCAUUAUUUGUGAUUCAGUCAGCAUUCACAUUUUGCUAAAUACCGUCUGCUAUCUGCACAGAGCAAUUUAAUCAUUGCAUUCUAUCACCAAUCAAUCAAUCAAUUGCUGCCAAGUCUGGUUUGCCUGGAUUCCCCUCACCAGGGCCUGCUGUGCCGCCUGCCCAAACAACUCCCCUGGAACCACUAGGGGGCUGCGGAGAGCCCUGUGGCCCGACUCUGAAAGAGAACACUGGGCAUUCCACACCUGAUGGCAAGUCAGGGUGAGCGUUGACAUCAACCUGCCAGGCUCCCUUGACAUCAGGGCAAAGGCCUGUUAUAAUGCAUUGCUCAAGCUCUGGUCAGAAGCAUCCACUUUGGAGGACUGUAUGGCCAGAGACAAGGCCAAAAUCAAAUAGGAAAGGAAGUUCCCAAUACGCUCCAUGUGGUCUGCACUAUCCUAAUACUUCACUCUAAGGUUUUCUGUAACCUAACACUAUGGCCUAGGGCAGCAGGCAUCAGAUCUCAAGACCUCUUCCAGGGCUACAGUAAGGGAGGCAAUGGACGGCUGGACAGCUGGCAUCUGGCCCAGCCGGUGGCUGCUGGCCUCUUGCAUGGAAGCUAGAACCCUACCAUCAGCACUGUGGUGGGACAUGGACUUUGGGUCCUGCCAACACCUGUGGGGAUCCUCUACGUAUGGUUGGGAAAGUGGGACUGAGAAAUUAGCCCAGGGCAGGCCUCAACUGAAGAAUGUGCUACCCGAUGCACUAGCAGCUGGGGCCUCAUCCAAACCCAGAUGCAUCAGUGCUAAUGUUACACUGCAGAAAAUGAUGGGCCAACUCAUCUCCCGUGCAACACAUUUAUUUUAACAGGACUCCUGUGAAUACACAAUUACAUACAGGUGAACAGGAGCACAUGCUGCAUCUUCUGUCAACUCUCAUCACGUACUGACCAGACUUCUUCUAGUCUAUAUUCCAAUAACCAAAACAUGUACACUCGUACUACAAAACACAAUACUACAGUAGAACUGAAAUGUUACAAGUGACAUGACUGUCUCAACGUUUAGAGUUUUUAAUCACAUACAUCCUUUCCUAUGAACUGCCAAAAUCACAUAACGCAUUUAACUUGAUAAACAAAUAUCUAAAUAUACUCAAAAUGAGGUUUUAUAGUGUUUUUAACCUUUUAUUAACUGCAUGUAUUACAUUAAAUCUCUUCUGCACAAAUGUCUUUUUAAACUCUAUUUAUGUCCUAUUUAUUCUCAAUGAAAUAAACCUAAAUUAUUCUACUUUGUCUACACAAACAUCACAUAGUGUAGCUUUAAUCUAAAACACACUGUUAACAAAAAAUAGACUCUCAUCACUGCCUAAGCAUUGAUAUGAGACCAGUUCACUCUUUAGCUUAGCCUUACGUUCAACUUAACUCUUCACCUCACUCUGUAUCUCGGUUUACACAAGCAUCUGCUUGGAAUAACACAUCUACUCUACUUGACAUAAGUUUUGGCCAUUAACUCAUGCUUACACAGGGAUUAUGUGCAUCUAAAGUAGAAAGUUUAACCUAUCAGAGCUAAUACAACCUAAAACACUUCUCUGGUUCAUUACCGCGAUCGCCGCGCACUACGAGACCGCCAUUUUAGAUACACCAACGUGACGAGUCGCCUUCACGGGCUCAUAAACUUGUGAACUCGUUCUGCAGAUCGACAUCCUUUACAUUCUAAGGCACUUAUAAUCUACCACUACUGUUGUUUUAUAUUAAUAUAUUGUUUACUAGUGAUGUGUCCUUCAGUGCCGAGGCUUCGAAGCGUGUGUCGAGUAAUGAAGGGGGCGUUUCCGCGAAGCGCGUAUCGAGGCUUGCUUCAUGUAGGGGUGGAGCCAAAAAUGAUGACGUCCGAAGCCUCGCUACCCGGCUAUACCACGUGACUGGUUCAAGAAACGGUUCACGGGUUUGGCGGAUGAUUUCACAGGCAGCGAAACGCAAUGGAGUCCUGCCCCACUCACAAUCCAUAGACUCGAGACUUGUUGAAAAGUUGUUUUUAAAUAAAAAUAAAUAAAUAUAAAUGAAAUGUUUAUGUUUUAUUUGUUGUCCCCGUAACAAAAGUACGAACAACAAACUAAGUAACACAUUCACAUCACAACCCUCUCGAUAAUUUAUGUCCUCUUCCCCUUUUUGACACUGCAACUGUGUCUUAAAGACAAACACCAUAUUAAUAACUUUAUCAUUUCUGUAUUGUAUCACAAACACACGGCAUCACAUCCAUUCAUUCAUUGGAUUCAAAGCUUCGCGCACCAAAGCCUCGGGGUGUCUUUGGUUUAUCACUCUGCCUGUUUUACAUUUAUUGUCCACUUGAUGGCGCAGUAGAGCAAAUGAAGCACAACCAUGAAGCUUCGGCCCAGGAGGCGAGUAAUUGGAUGGAAAGCUUCGAUGCUUCAUGAGGCUUCAUCUCGCCAUCACUAUUGUUUACCAUCCAGCUUACCUGUGAAUACACAAUUACAUACAGGUGAACAGGAGCACAUGCUGCAUCUUCUGUCAACUCUCAUCAAGUACUGACCAGACUUCUUCUACCGUCAGCUACUGAUGCGUGAAAUACGGAGCGCCCUCUGCUGGCGAAACUCAUAUUAAGCUGGAUUCAAACCAAGCAGACAUAACAGUAGUGUUCCUGUAGAAAGUUACCUUUAAGUUACCUUUAGAAAUAAAAAUAAAAUGGGGGGUCAACUAUUUUUAUUCAUCCAUCUAUAUCAUAGUGCCACACUAAGCGAAUCAUCAGUUUGAUCAAGCCUGAGGCAGCCUCAGAGCCAUCCCCAGACCUGCACCCUGUCUGCUGAGAGCAGAUCUCUGAAGCAGGAGGCCUCUCCUUCAUCGUUGGCAGACCCACUCACCCAAAACUGGCUACGGGAAGCCCUUGUAGACAGGUCACCCUCAUCCCAGCCUGUUGAGGUAGGAGCCCCAUCCUGUAGGCUGUCCAUCUGCACUGCCACCCCCCUACCUGGCUGAAGAUUAAGAAGCAGACCCUUAAUUUCAGCAAAUUCUUGGACCACCUUAGCAGCCAGACCCUGCAUCUUUUUACCCUUCCUGGAGGGGGUAUUUUCUGCCACCCAGGCUACUGGCAGAUUCACCAGAGGGAGACAAUUGGUCCCCCUGCUGCCAUCCUUCAACCUCGACCAGCCAAACCUGCAUUAAAUCACAGGGCAUGAAGCUGCAAUUCAUGCACUGAUUGUCAGACAGCCCUUGCCUAUGGUGAGUGACACCAAGGCAUUGGAUUCAUAUUUAGUGUAUGAAUUCAGGCUCACAGCCAAUACUUACCUUGUCGCCACGCCUUAGAGUCGAACCUGGGGAGAUCACUGCCAUGCUUGGGAAAAUGCCAUAGCCAAUAAGGACUUAUCACAGUCUUUGGAGCUAACCUCGUGGUUUAAGUGUUCCAAGUGAAAAAUAUACUGAGCUCUUCUACAUAACAACCUGCAUUUACGUAGAACAUGCGGGAAGAUUAAAGGGACGACCAUCAGGGUGACGCUGGCUUGUAUAGGAUACGUCAUGCGUCAUCCCUGGGUACAUGACCUUGUUGAUAUAAAAUACUUGACCUGCACAUGAGACAGAGAUCCAGUGUGAAGAACUGCCUCUUGCAGUCAGGAAGAAUGAAAUAGAACUCAGCCAGCAAAGAAGAACAGUUAAUACAGGGAUAAGGCCUCUACCGAGGCUGCAACAGCCAUCAUCUUGGCAGCUUUUUGAAAUCCUUCAAAAUGAGAGUUGGCAAAGAAAACUUAUAAGUUACAGACUUUCUAUCUGCCUAACCUACUUCUUACCUUAAAUCAUAAACCAUGUAGCUCAAAUGGGUCAUGUCGUGUCAUGGGCAAUUUAUGUCACACACUUUCAUUUAUGUUUGAUCAAAACACAUCAUGAAAUCUCCCCCUGCUCUUGAUUUGAUAACUUAUCAGUUAAGUGUCUGAGAUAAUCUUCACCCUGAUGUGUUUCCUCAUAACAUUUUAUUUCAGCUGUAAGACCAAAAGUUCGAGUUUUCUUUUGAAUGAUGCCUAACUUCUGAAGUGUUUCAAUUGUUUUAAAUACCGUGCACAGUACACCAUUUUACAAACCUCAAACGUCUUAAUCACAUUUUAUGGUUUUUAUUUGGCAAUAGAUAAAGGUCAACAGUUUCCUCCAGCAUAAUAAAACACUGGAAAUAUGAUGUGUAAAAGUUAACGGAAGAAGCACAUUGAUCCCUAUAAAUCAAUGACUACAAAGAGUGGCACAUCUAUACACAAAAUAGGUCAGCGACUCAAAGAAGGUUUCUGUUUUUUUCUCUUGUUUAAUACGUACUGCUCCAAAUUUCAGAGAAACAAACACUUGUUUCAUGAAAGAAAAAAAUUACUGAAACUUAAAGUAAGUCAACAAAACUCCUGCUGUGUAGAACAAGUGGCUCACAGUCAAUCAUGAUUGAACUGUCCUGAAUUGAAGAGUCCUGUCAAAUAGAAAUCUGGAUCACAGUAGGACAGAAAUAGACAGUUAACAAAGCACUCGUUCUCUAGGUAAACUUAGUAAUGAAUUUAAUGUUUUGGGUGAUUUUAGCUGCAAGCUGACUGGACUUUAAAAAAUGUUGAUAUGCAGUUAGAAGCACGAGAAAACUCAAACCUUUAGGGGAUUAUUCCAUCAAACUACUAUACAAGGUCUCCUUUGUGCUCAGAGACUCCAUAGCAAUUCAAACAUUGGUUGAUUGGAGUGCCAUAAAAUAAGCCGACCUGGCACUUUGGUCUCAUGCCAGAUUUGAUUGAAUUUUACCCUGUAUCAGUGCUGCCAAUGACCUAUUUCAUGUGUUUCAUCAAUGAAUGUCUCACAAACAAGUAGGUGGACUCACAAAAAGGUAUAAAUUCUCACUCUCCGUGAAAGAACUUCACCUUCAGACUCUCCAUCUAGGACUUCUACAGCAGCUCCAAGGUUGGUGCAAAGACAGACUAAGAAUUUAAUUCAAUGCUUUUUAAAAACAUGUUCAAAGACAUCUCUUUUCUUCUUUUUCAGCACAUUAGUAUCGUGGAUCUGGUCCAUAAUGGGGGCUCUCAAGGGGCUUUUGUUGCUUCUAAUUUUACAGAUUUCUACUGCAAGCACCUCAGGUAAACCAACUAACUUCUUAUGUGGGCUUGGACAAUAAGACACUUACUGUGGAUCUUAUUCAAUUUUUAGUCAUUGGCAUAAAUUCUUCUUUUGAAGAUUAUUAUGUUUGUAUUCUACAAAACAGCUGACAUAAAUGACAAUAUGGUGAAGAUUAAAAACUAUCAAAUGACAUGUAACUUUAAGGUUCUCCAGUGAAACUUUCAUUUAACUCUCUGAGGGUAUCCUCAGAGCUGUGUUGGGUCAGGACCAAAUGUUUCUGCAAUAUGAUAUUAACUGAGCAGUAGCUUGUUGAAAUUCUGGUAGGCCAAGCAAAAACUGAAUUAAGUAGUGGUAAGAGAAGUGAAUGGGUGUCACACUAAUAUUAGCUGUGGAGCAUCUGCGAACCAGUAUAUCAGAGAUGCUUUUUUCAACAUGAACAUUAGUUUCAGUCUUUUCUUGCACAAAAUUUCAUUUUUUUUUCAAGAAUAUCAGUGUCCCAUUUUUAAUUAAUUUCAGUCAUGAUUUUUAAAGCAUCACAGUCCAAAUUCCAACUCAAAUCAAGUGAAGUAAGCCUGAACGUUGUGAGUGUGCCACAAGAGGUGGUCAAAUCAUUUGGUUGCAGAAACUUAAUUAUGAAUGUAUAUAACUGAGGUUUUUAGAAUUAAAAUUGGAUUUUGAAUUGGAAAAAAAAAAUCAAAUUUCUAGCACAAUUUUUUUUUCUUUUGCCAUUGAAUUUUUAUCCAAUGUGAAAAUAAAUUUAGUGAAAAUAAAUUCAGUGUUUCAUAAAAAUUCAGUUUUAAAAAAUUCAUCAAAAAAAAAAAAAAAAAAACAAUGGAAAGAAUUUAAUAUUUCAUAAAAUCUAACAGCAAGAAAUUCAGUGUACAGUAUAAUCAGCCAGUGAAGACAAUGGUGCCUCUAUGAUUAUACGUACUUUCUCUGGGAAGUUUUUGACACUGAAUUUCUUAGAGAUAUUGAGAUUUUUGAGGCAAUUUUGAGGGUUUUUUUUAAAAAUAAUUUUAUUUUAUUUAUUUAUUUAUUUAUUUUGCAUUGGAUAAAAAUUUAGUGGCAAAAAAAAUUUUGGUGCUAUAAAUCUGAUGGUUUUUGAAAUUCAAAAUCCAAUCUUGAUGCUGAAAAAUCCAGUUCUAGAAACUCAAAUUCAAACUCAGAUGGCACUAAUUUACUCCGAUACUCAAUUUCCAACAAAAUCUGGUCCUCCCUUAAAUGUAGAUUCACAGGUAUCAUCCUCUGAUGAGAUUUGAUGUGUGUGUGAUUGUCUCCAAACAAUAGAAAAAAGGACAUUAUUGACAUUGAUUCUCUAUUUUUCUUGAUUUUGUCCAGAAAAAACAUCUCUAAUCCUUGCAUAAAACAAACUCUUCUUGUACUUUUACAGGAACUCUUGUUACCACCUGUGAAUCAUGUCAUGAUCAAGCUGCCUGUCUGGAGUUUAAAGAAAGAGGCGACACUUUCUCAAGCCAGUCGCUCUCAUGUGUCUGUAAAGAUGGUUUCGUAGGUGACGGUCUCAGGUGUUAUGACGUAAAGCUCUGCAGUGACUCUUCUUGCUGUAAAGAUGGUUAUCACUGGUCACCAGACAAAGGCUGUGUGGACACUGAUGAAUGCUCCCUCAAAGACUCGCCCUGCAAACCAUCUCAAGUUUGCCAAAACACUCCAGGCUCCUUUGAAUGCCUGGAGCCUCACCCCAGCUCCAGAUCUGGUCCAUCCUUCCAGUCUAGCCAGUUCAGGUGUGGAAACACAACAUGUCCUUUUGGCAUGGACUGCAUCCGUGUGAACGGGACCCUCCGCUGUGCUGAUCCCUGCCAGCAUUACACUGUACUGAAUGAUGAGUGGAGAUCAACCAAUAACACCUCCAACCAGAUUCACUGUGAUCGAGAUAUUUACUGGCAAGGCUGGUAUCGGCUUUUUCUGGGACAAACCAGCGCUCAAAUCCCAGAUUGGUGUGUGCCUCCAAACAGGUGUGGAACCCAUGUCCCUUUGUGGAUAACAACACCUCAUCCCACACAGCCAGGUCGGAUUGAACGUCGCACUGUGUGUAACUCCUGGUCUGGCAGCUGCUGCCACUUUGCCUCACAAAACAUCCAUGUCAAGCUCUGCUAUGGAAAGUACUAUGUCUACAAACUUGUUGAUCCAGGCCUGUGCCGGCUUGCAUACUGUGCAGGUAUUGUUUGAUUUUAAAUACAAAAGUUUAUACUCAGUAAUUCAGACAAAAAGGAAAUUGAUUGAAAUUAAAAUUGAUUGAGACACAACUGUGCUGCUGUCCACAAAUCUGAAAAUAACUUGCUCAUUUAAGGCCACCUUUGGUCAAACAAUAGUGUCUAACUGUUUUUAAUGUAAACAGAGGUGAACGGAACAUCUCCUGUGGUACCUUCAUCAACACCUGAACCAAACACUCCCACCACUCCCAACUAUGUGAACAUCACCUCCACCACAACAGCAGGAAACAGCUCAACAGCUGAUGGGGAGGUCCGCCUGGUGAAUGGGAGCAGCUCCUGCUCUGGCAGAGUAGAGAUCUUCCACCGUGGACAGUGGGGGACAGUGUGUGAUGAUUUAUGGGAUGUACGAGAUGCUCAGGUGGUCUGCAGACAGCUGGACUGUGGCUCAGUCUUGACAGCACCAACAGAUGCUUUUUUUGGACCGGGCAGUGGACCCAUCUGGAUGGAUGACGUCUCAUGCACUGGUCAUGAGUCAGAGCUCAGUGACUGUAUGCACAGAGGGUUUGGAAGUCACAACUGUGGUCCCAAUGAGGAUGCAGGUGUCAUUUGUGAAGGUAAAAACAUUGUGUUGUACCAUGUCUUAAGAUAUCACAAAAUACUCUGUUCAGCAGAAGCAGAUGCACUGAUGUGUGAUUUUAAAUAAACUUGUUAAUAAAAACAAUCUCUUAUAUGUGUCUCAUACCUCUGAUGUGUUUCAGGUUUACAGCCAGUUGCUUUACCACUGAGGCUGGUAAACUCUGACAACCGCUGCUCUGGCAGAGUAGAGGUCUACCAUGAGGGACAGUGGGGGACAGUGUGUGAUGAUUUCUGGGACCUCAGCGAUGCCGAUGUGGUGUGUAGACAGCUGGACUGUGGUGCUGCUCGCUUAGCUCUAUCAAAUGCUGCUUUUGGACAGGGCAGUGGACCCAUCUGGUUGGACGAUGUGAGCUGUUCUGGCAAUGAAUCCUAUCUUACACACUGCAGACAUCGAGGGUUUGGGGUUCACAAUUGUGGUCAUGUUGAAGAUGCCAGUGUGGUUUGUGAAGGUAAGUGUUGGCGCUUACUCAUAUCAACCUCAACUCUAAUGGUUUACAUUUGACCAGAAAAAGUGUCUGUUGUUCCUUUCACUGCCUGAUAAAAUCCCUUGUCCGGCUUCAAAUUCUCUACCUUGUCUGAGAACAGCCUGAGCCAAGGCCUGCCUUUUCCUUCUUGAGACACCUGAUAGUUUGCUAGAACUUCCUUGAGGUCAACCAAAAGUCCUCCUUCAUAGCCUUUCCACAUUCUUUUCACGUUGGGGUUCUUGCUUUUGCAGCCACUGUGACUGCAGCCCUCCUGGCCUUUCAGCUGCUUCCAAAGACCCCUGGGAUAACCAAGCUCAAAAGAUCUCCUUCCUCAGUCUGACUGCUUCCUCACCAAUGGUGUCCAUCAACAGGUUUGAGGGUUGCUGCUACUACAGACAUUGAUUAACUCCAGGCCACAGCUGCUACUGGCUGCUUCUACAAUGGAGGCUUUGAACACGGUCCAUUAUGAUUCCAUUUCCCCAAUCUCUCUUGAGAUGCACAAGAAAUCCUUCCAGAGAGGGAGUUGAAGACCUUACUAAUAGGGACCUUUGCCAGACAUUCAUAAUCACUCUUAAUUGGGUGGUGAUUAGUUGGGAGCUCUGCUCCUCUCUUCACCCAAAAUGUCAAAACAUACAACUGCAGAUCAGAUGAUAUGACAGUUGAUCUCUAGCCUAGGGUAGCUUGAUACCAGGUACACUUACGAACCACCAUUUGCUCACACAUGGUGUAAGCUAUUGCUAAUCAUGACUCGCAAAGAAGUCCAAAGCACUGCCCUAGCUCAGCUUUAACAGGCUGUUAUUCCCAACCACUCCUCCCUCAGAGUGUCUCAAUUAUUUUCCAUGUGCACUAGGAACCUCUGGAAAACUAUGGAAUCUCCAGCUGGGAACUCUUCCAGGGCCCCACCCACAAACUCUAAGAAGGUUGUGUACGCUGACCUGCUACUUGGCCAUUAUGCGCAACAACAGACUUUGCCUUCCCCCUUACAACCUGACACCUCAGAGAGGUUACCUUCUUGGUUGCUGGAGAAAACUCUAACACUCCCCACACCUAUCAAGUGCCUCACUCACAAGGACCAUGCUGGAAGAGAGCCCAGCCUCUCUCCAGCAGUUUAGCCUCAGAGCCAGUGCAAUGGUUCUGACUACAUCUGUACAGUACCACUUCACUUAGCCUAGCCUUGAGGCUGAUGGGCCCACAGGGUAGUGGCUUCUUGCUGUUUCUUCAGACUGAGCCCAACCAGGCUCCAUGGAGGAGUCCAACCCUUUGUUGUUUAGAUGUGAAUACAUAUUUAGACAAGAUAAAGAGAUACACUGAUAGAAGAUACACAGGUUAUUAAAAAAAUACAAGGUAAUAUUUCAAGAGUUUUUCCCAGGACUGUGAAUCAGUGUUUAACAAUGCUAAAGCUGGAGGGGGCAGUAGAGUGUUGGGGACUUUUCAGAAAACUUUGUUUCUCUUUUAAUACAGCAGCAGAAAACAACUCAACAGCUGAGGGGGAGGUCAGUGUGGUGAAUGGGAACAGCUCCUGCUCUGGCAGAGUAGAGAUCUUCCACCGUGGACAGUGGGGGACAGUGUGUGAUGAUAACUGGGGUCUGCAGGAUGCUCAGGUGGUCUGCAGACAGCUGGGCUGUGGUAGGGUUCUGUCAGCACCACAAUUUGCUGCUUUUGGACAAGGCAGUGGACCCAUCUGGAUGGAUGAGGUCUCAUGCACUGGUCAUGAAUCAGAGCUCAGUGAGUGCAGGCACCCAGGGUUUGGGAAUCAUGACUGUAGCCACAGUGAGGAUGCUGGUGUUGUUUGUGAAGGUAAAUACAUAUUAUCAAAAUGUGUCACAAGCCGUCUGUGGUACUUUAUCAAGCUAAAAAAAACAGUUUAGUAAUCUGUCACCAACUAGAUUACAUAAAACAUGACUUAGACACCACACUUGUCACCCAAAUCUUCAGCCUUAAAUUUUAUUAUGUCUCUUUUCACUCCCUGCCCAUUCCCUCUUUUCCUGCAUUGUCAACAUUCUAAAAAGCUAAAAAGAUGAAAAAGAAGAGAUAAAGUAUUUAGUAUUACAGAACAUCAUUGUCUUUAUGAAGUUCAUACUUGAGAUGUGUUCAUAUCAUUAAUGUCAUGACUUACAUUUCCUAUCAGCUGCUGCUCCAGUGAGGCUGGUAAACUCCAACAGCUCCUGCUCUGGCAGAGUGGAGGUCUACCAUAAUGGACGCUGGGGGACAGUCUGUGAUGACAGCUGGGACCUCAGAGACGCCAAUGUGGUGUGUAGACAGAUGGGCUGUGGUGCUGCUCGUUCAGCUCUGUCAAACGCAGCUUUCGGACAGGGCAGUGGACCCAUCUGGAUGGAUGAUGUGAGCUGUUUUGGCAAUGAAACAUCUUUAGCAGACUGCAGACAUCCAGGGUUUGGGGUUCACAAUUGUGCUCAUGUUGAAGAUGCUGGAGUCGUCUGUGAAAGUAAGUGUGGACAGUUAUCAAAUGAUUUUUUUUUUAUUGGGUUUACCCCCUGCAAGAAAAUUACUUCUUCAGUGUGUUUCUUUCAACUACUCAGACUGCCCUUUUUUGUUAAAUAGCUUAAUUGAUAUGAUCAGAGAUGUUAAUCUGUCAGUCAAAUGAAUUUUAAGUACAUUUUAUAAAAAUCACAUUUACAUGAAAUUUCCAUUAAAAUCAUCUAAAUCAUGACUGCAGUCACGCUGAGGAUGCUGGUGUUGUCUGUGAAGGCAAAUACGUAUCAUCAAAAUGUGUCACAAGCUGUCUGUGGUACUUUAUCAAGAUAAACAGUUUAGUAAUCUGUCACCAACUAGAUUACAUAAAACAUGACCUGGACACCACACUUGUCACCCAAAUCUUCAGCCUUAAUUUUUUUAUUUCUCUUUUCACAUAAAAUAAAUAUGUUAAUGACAGCUAGCUUUGUGGUCUAAGCAUGCAUCCAAUGUUUAAAGUUUUUUUCUCAAGCAGACUCUAGAUUUGAUUCCAGCCAGUGGCUCCCCUCCUGCAGGUCACUCCCUGCCCAUUCCCUCUUUUCCUGCACUGUCAACUAUCUGAUCCACACUAAUGAUGGAGCAAUUAGCUAAAAAGAUGAUUUAUUUCGUAUUGAAACACAUCAUUGUCUUUAUGAAUUUCACUCUUAAGAUGUGUUCAUAUCAUUAAUGUCAUGACUUACAUUUCUUAUCAGUUGCUGCUCCAGUGAGGCUGGUAAACUCCAACAGCCCCUGCUCUGGCAGAGUGGAGGUCUACCAUGAGGGACAGUGGGGGACAGUGUGUGAUGAUGCCUGGGACCUCAGGGAAGCCAACGUGGUGUGUAGACAGCUGGGCUGUGGUGCUGCUCUUUUAGCUCUGCCAAACGCAGCUUUUGGACAGGGCAGUGGACCCAUCUGGAUGGAUGAUCUGAGCUGCUAUGGCAAUGAAACAUUUAUAACAGACUGCAGACAUCCAGGGUUUGGGGUUCACAAUUGUGGUCAUGCUGAAGAUGCUGGAGUUGUCUGUGGAGGUAAAUCCAUUUUCUUUAACCCACUUUGAUCCUUAUAAGGUUACUUUAUUUUCUUUAAGCUGUACCAGCAUAAAAACAUGUCUCUCAUUAAGUUGAUGUUUUUUUUUAAACUUUGUGAUUUUUGUUUUAGAGGACUUACGCUCUAUAAUUUUAUGUUUUCACAUGCAAUGUAUUCUGCGGUCUUUUUUCAGUCCCUACACCUCAGCAGUACCUGCUCAUUUGUAGCCCGGAUAAACUUCGAUUGGGGGUGGAUAUACCUGGCCUGACAUCCUCCGGUUUGAACCCACUCUCUGGCCACUUGGCAUCCCCCAGCUGCUCCUGGAACCGAGUAUACAAUAAUGUAGUGUGGUAUGAGUUGGAGCCCAGCGAGGGUCUCUGUAGAACCACUCUAACGGUAAAGACUUGACAGGUUUUACUUUGAGAAUCAGAUUGUAUUUAGGAUAAAAGAUAAGAUCUUUUUUGGUACAGUUUGGUCAUGUCUGUAAUGCUACUGACAACAUCAUAUCAUCCAAAGUUAACUUGCCAUUAAACUAUCUGAUAACCCAAUCAUUCUGUUAUUUUCAGAACAACGUCACACAUGCCAUCUACUCCAACAUCUUAUUUAUCUAUCCUUCAACCAACGGGUCCUUUAACCUUCCUGUGAGCGUCCCCUUCUCCUGUGCGUAUCCCCUGGAUUUAGACACCAGCUUGAAUGUGGUUAUCAGACCAGUGCUGCCGUGAGUAGCCUCUAAUUACUUAUUACCUCUCAAGUAAAACUAGUCAUUUAAAGAGGAACUAGAAAAUUCCCUCUGGGAGAUUUUGAACGGGCGUUGGAGGCUAGUGCUGGGGUGUGUACAUUAUGAUGAGAUUCUUUAGAGAAUUAAUACUGUUAAUACUAUUGUGAUAUUAUAUACAAGGAGCACUACUUCAACAAACAUUCCUUUAACUCCUUGUCCCAUUGACUUAAAAAAGUUUUUGAUGGUUUUUGUUAUUACGUCUUAUUAGAAAUUCUGCUUUUUGAUCAUUAAUGAAAUUGCUCUGAAAGUGAUUAAAUGAUGCAGACAUCAGGGCAGUCCCUGGUUAGGGAAUUUGGUCUCUGCCAUAGACUGAAUGUACUACAGACAACUUGGUUGCGCCGUCAGCCAGUAUACGAAAUUGAAGCCAAAAAGCUCUCGUUAAGUCCGUUUUUUUUCUCCAUUUCCUGGAACCAACAUUGUACAGUAGUAUUGUGCGCAUCUGGCGGGAGAGUCGCCAAGAGUCGCUCCAAUGACGCUCGGCUCAAACAGCAUAUCCCCCCGGUGAGCUAAGCAAUCCUUGUGGGCCCAUCGGCUGUAUCAGGUACUGUCAGACUGGUUUGUGCUCAAGUCCUCUUUUUUCUGUACAGCUCAAAUCUUAAAAGUUAUUUGGGGGGUUCAUGCUUUCUAUGAUUGACACUUGAUACAGCCUAUGGGCGUACGAGGAUAGCGUAGCUCACCCCGGGGAUAGGCUGUUUCAGCUGAGCGUCAUCACAGCGACUCUCCCCCGAAUGCGCACAACACUACUGCGCAAUGUUGGUUUCAGGAAAUGAUAACAAAACGCUGAAUCACUGAAAGCAUUUUGGCUUCAAAUCCGUACACUGGCAGAAGGCGGAACCAAGUUGUCCGUAGUAUAUACAGUCUAUGGUGAUAGUACACCGAUCUUAAUCAAGUCACACGUUAAUAUACUGUAUGUAAUUUAUUCUACGGCCCUUUAAACUGUAGGACUUGUCACGAAAUUGAAAUAUGUCUGGAAGAGGAAUGAGAAAAACUCCAUAUUAUAACAAUAGUGCCUUGGGGCACAGCUCCAACUAACUAAAGUUGUUGGACUAACUAAAAAAGGAUGUAUAAACAGGUUUUGACUGCCUUAAAAUUAACAAUAUGAUCUUUGCAGGACAGCAGGUGGAAUCUCAGGAUCAGGUCCCAGAGAAAGGGCCUCGAUGUUUCUUUUUAUCAACUCAGCCUACACUCAGAUUUAUCCACCUGGCCGGGUCAGCCUGCCUGUGGGUUCACCUUUGUUUGUGGGUGUCUUUGCACAAGGGAGAGAUUACAACUUUGUUACUGUUCUGGACAACUGCUACAUCUCUUACUCAUCCUCCCCUAAUAAUCCUACGCUAUACCCUCUUAUCCGGAACAGGUGAGAGUCUUCAAGUCUAAGAGUAUUGUUUGAUGAGUAUGAUGGAAAAGUUAAAUGUGCAUUUAUACUGUAAGCUCUGAUGACCUGAUAAGUUGCUGCUUCUCUCUUCCAGGUGUCCCGUUGACAGCCGACUGGUGUCUGUGACUGAGAGCGGCAGGUCUUCUCGUGCUCGAUUCACUGCCCUGCUCUUCCCGCCAGGUCAUGAAUCCAGAGAUAUUUAUCUUCAUUGUAAUCUCAGGUUGUGUGACCGAAGGUACUCCGUCUGUGUCCCAGUAAGUCAAACAGUAUUUUCAUAAUUAGCAUUAUCUAUGCUUAACCCUUGUUAUUAAAAAUAAAUGGAUGAUGACAUCAUCUGUCACUUUUUUAAGUCCUGUGGAAGGAGGAGAGCUCGUUCUGUGUCCAACUCUGAUGCCAUGGAGAGCCUCACCAUCGGACCUGUUGCUUGUGAGUAUUAGAUUCUAUUUGGUAAAAGGGCUGAUGUGUUAAAACACUGAAUAACACAGAAAUAACUCUCAUGUUUUCUGUGUUUCUUUCUUUAUCUUUAGGGCAAAAGUCAGCUGAGUGAGCUGGUCACAAACUUUUACAAACUCAUUUUAGACUGUAAUACUAUUUUGUACUGCAUGUAUCUUACAUUAACAAGACAUCAAACUAUGAGAAAAGUUACUCCAGAUAAGCGGUCAUAUCAGACUUCAUGUUGUUCCUCUGUUCUGACACAUUUAAAUGGUUGAAAUCAAACCAAAAUAUAGAAGUGAGAAGUACCUACACGAUGUGAGUUUACUGUAUACACACGAUUCUUAAAAUGCACUUUGUCUUGGACCAAGUAUAUCUUCCUAAAGUUGCGAUUUAAUCAAUGACAGAUUUGUGAAUGCAAUUGAAGUGCUCAAUAAAGUGUCAACUAUGUAAAAAUGCAGGAUUGCGUCUUCUUUUAAAUAACACUGCCCUCUAGUGGCUGAAUCUGACAAGGACAGUAAAAACCUGAAAAAAUACGGUCUGUUUGAUUUUCCAUUCAACUCAUAAUCAUUCACAAAACAAAAAGCUGUGUUCACAUGAAGUUGACUACUUGAUACAUCAGGCAUGAUGUCCACUUACUUCAAAUUCUGGUAUGUGUUAUCUCUUCUUUGUCUGCCUGUCAUGGUGUUGAGGGGGCAGAGGAAAAGUGAGGCUCACAGGAUGGAGUUGUACAGACUUUUCCUCUCUUUGUAUUGUUGGUCCAGCUAAGUUUGCAUAUGAUUGCCAAUUCACAGUUGCAGGAACUCAGCUCUGCAUAUCAGCAAAGUCAAUUAUUGAAUGUUUCAUUACUGCAAAGGAGAAAUACAAUCACUGAAAACAAAAAAACUAAAAGAUUCUGCCACAUUUUAUCAAGCAUGCUGCUUCAACAUCAUCACUCUGGUUUGAAUAAAAGUCAGUCUAAGUUAAAAGAUAUUUCUAUUAGACAGUUUUGGGACCCUGUCAUUAUUUGUGAUUCAGUCAGCAUUCACAUUUUGCUAAAUACCGUCUGCUAUCUGCACAGAGCAAUUUAACCAUUGCAUUCAACACCAAUCAAUCAAUCAAUUGCUGCCAAGUCUGGUUUGCCUGGAUUCCCCUCACCAGCGCCUGCUGUGCCGCCUGCCCAAACAGCUCCCCUGGAACCAUUAGGAGACUGCGGAGGGCCCUGUGGCCCGACUCUGAAAGAGAACACUGGGCAUUUCACACCUGAUGGCGGGUCAGGGUGAGUGUUGACAUCAACCUGCCAGGCUCCCUUGACAUCAGGGCAAAGGCCUGUUAUAAUGCAUUGCUCAAGCUCUGGUCAGAAGCAUCCACUUUGGAGGACUGCAUGGCCAGAGACAAGGUCAAAAUCAAAUAGGAAAGGAAGUUCCCAAUACGCUCCAUGUGGUCUGUAGUAUCAUUAUACUUCACUCUAAGGUCAUUUGUAACCUAACACUUUGGCCUAGGGCAGCAGGCAUCAGAUCUCAAGACCUCUUCCAGGGCUACAGUAAGGGAGGCAAUGGACAGCUGGACAGCUGGCAUCUGGCCCAGCUGGUGGCUGCUGGCCUUUUGCAUGGAAGCUAGAGCCCUACCAUCAGCACUGUGGUGGGACAUGGACUUUGGGUCCUGCCAACACCUGUGGAGAUCCUCUACGUAUGGUUGGGAAAGUGGCACUGAGAAAUUAGCCCAGGGCAGGACUCAACCGAAGAAUGUGUUACCCGAUGCACCAGCUGCUGGGGCCUCAUCCAAACCCAGAUGCAUCAGUGCUAAGCGAAUCGUCAGUUUGAUCAAGGCUGAGGCAGCCUCAGAGCCAUCCUCAGACCUGCACCCUGUCUGAUGAGAGCAGAUCUCUGAAGCAGGAGGAGAGGCCUCUCCUUCAUCGUUGGCAGACCCACUCACCCAAAACUGGCUACGGGAAGCCCUUGUAGACAGCUCACCCUCGUCCUAACCUGUUGGGGUAGGAGCCCCAUCCUGUGUGCUGUCCAUCUGCACUGCCACCCCCCUACCUGGUUGAAGAUUAAGAAGCAGACCCUUAAUUUCAGCAAAUUCUUGGACCACCUUAGCGGCCAGACCCUGCAUCUUUUAACCCUUCCCGGAGGGGGUAUUUUCUGCCACCCAGGCUACUGGCGGAUUCACCAGAGGGAGACAAUUGGUCCCCUUGCUGCCAUCCUUCAACCUCGACCAGCCAAACCUGCAUUAAAUCACAGGGCAUGAAGCUGCAAUUCAUGCACUGAUUGUCAGACAGCCCUUGCCUAAGGUGAGUGACACCAAGGCAUUGGAUUCAUAUUUAGUGUAUGAAUUCAGGCUUACAGCCAAUACUUACCUCGUCGCCAUACCUUAGAGCCGAACCUGGGGAGAUCACUGCCAUGCCAAUAAGGACUUAUCACAGUCCUUGGAGCUAACCUCGUGGUUUAAGUGUUCCAAGUGAAAAAUAUACUGAGCUCUUCUACAUAACAACCUGCAUUUACGUAGAACAUGCAGGAAGAUUAAAGGGACGCCCAUCAGGGUGACGCUGGCUUGUAUAGGAUACGUCAUGCGUCAUCCCUGGGUACAUGACCUUGUUGAUAUAAAAUACUUGACCUACACAUGAGACAGAGAUCCAGUGUGAAGAACUGGAAAGACUAAAGACUGUAAGACGAAAAGUUUGAGGUUUUCUUUUGAAUGAUGCCUAACUUCCGAAGUGUUUCAAUUGUUUUAAAUACUGAGCACAGUAUACCAUUUCACAAACCUCAAACAUCUUGAUCACAUUUUAUGGUUUUCAUUUGGCAAUAGAUAAAUGUCAACAGUUUCCUCCAGCAUAAUAAAACACUGGAAAUAUGAUGUGUAAAAGUUAACGGAAGAAGCACAUUGAUCCUUAUAAAUAAAUGACUACAAGAAGUGGCACAUCUAUAAACAAAAUAGGUCAGCUACUCAAAGAAGGUUUCUGGUUUUUUUUUCACUUGCUUAAUACGUACUGCUCCAAAUUUCAGAGAAACAUACACUUGUUUCAUGAAAGAAAAAAAUUACUGAAACUUAAAAUAAGUCAACAAAACUCCUGCUGUGUAGACAAAGUGGCUCACAGUCAAUCAUGAUUGAACUGUUGAUUGAUUAUCACCUCAAAUGAGGAGUCCUGUCAAAUAGAAAUCUGGAUAUCAGUAGGACAGAAGUAGACAGUUACAGUAACAAAGCACUCGUUCUCUAUUUAAACUUAAUAAUGAAUUUAAUGUUUUGGGUGAUUCCAGCUGCAAGCUGACUAGACUUUAAAAAAUGUUGAUAUGCAGUUAAAAGCACGAGAAAACUCUUUUUGGACACUUUUGGAGAUUAUUCCAUCAAACUACUUUAUACUAGGUCUCCUUUGUGCUCAGCUACUCCAUAGCAAUUCAAACAUUGGUUGAUUGGAGUGCCAUAAAAAAGCGGAUCUGGCACUUUGGUCUCAUGCCAGAUCUGAUUGAAUUUUACCCUGUAUCAGUGCUGCCAAUGACCUAUUUCAUUUGUUUCAUCAAUGAAUGUCUCACAAACAAGUAGGUGGACUCACAAAAAGGUAUAAAUUCUCACUCUCAGAGAAAUAGCUUCACCUUCCAACUCUCCAUCUAGGACUUCUACAGCAGCUCCAAGGUCGGUGCAAAGACAGACUAAGAUUUUAAUUCAAUGCUUUUUAAAAACAUGUUCAAAGACAUCUCUUUUCUUCUUUUUCAGCACAUUAGUAUCUUGGAUCUGGUCCAUAAUGAGGGCUCCUGAGGGGCUUUUGUUGCUUCUAAUUUUACAGAUUUCUACUGCAAGCACCUCAGGUAAACCAACUGACUUCUUAUGUGGGCUUGGACAAUAAGACACUUACUGUGGGUCUUAUUCAAUUUUUAGUCAUUGGCAUAAAUUCUUCUUUUGAAGAUUAUUAUGUUUGUAUUCUACAAAACAGCUGACAUAAAUGACAAUAUGGUGAAGAUUAAAAACUAUCAAAUGACAUGUAACUUUAAGGUUCUCCAAUGAAACUUUCAUUUAACUCUCUGAGGGUAUCCUCAGAGCUGUGUUGGGUCAGGACCAAAUGUUUCUGCAAUAUGAUAUUAACUGAGCAGUAGCUUGUUGAAAUUCUGGUAGGCCAAGCAAAAACUGAAUUAAGUAGUGGUAAGAGAAGUGAAUGGGUGUCACACUAAUAUUAGCUGUGGAGCAUCUGCGAAUCAGUAUUAGUAUACCAGUAUAGCAGAGAUGCUUUUUUCAACAUGAACAUUAGUUUCAGUCUUUUCUUGCACAAAAUUUCUUUUUUUUUUUUCAAGAAUAUCAGUGUCAAAUUUUUUUAUUAAUUUCAUUCAUGUUUUUAAAAGCAUCACAGUCCAAAUUCCAACUCAAAUCAAGUGAAGUAAGCCUGAACAUUGUGAGUGUGCCACAAGAGGAGGUCAUAUCAUUUGGUUGCAGAAACUUAAUUAUGAAAGUAUAUAACUGAGGUUUUUAGAAUUAAAAUUGGAUUUUGAAUUGGAAAAAAAAAAUCAAAUUUCUAGCACAAUUUUUUUUUCUUUUGCCAUUGAAAUUUUAUCCAAUGUAAAAAUUAAUUUAGUGUAAAUAAAUUCUGUGUUUCAUAAAAUUUUUUAAAAGUUAAAAAAAAAAAGUUUUAAAAAAUUCAUCAAAAAAGAAAAAACAAUGGAAAGAAUUUAAUAUUUCAAAAAAUCUAACAGCAAGAAAUUCAGUGUACAGUAUAAUCAGCCAGUGAAGACGAUGGUGCCUCUAUGAUUAUACGUACUUUCUCUGGGAAUUUUUUGACACAGAAUUUUUUGAUAAGUUGAAUUUUUAUAAACUGAAUUUCUUAGAGAUAUUGAGAUUUUUGAGGCUAAUUUUAUUUUAUUUUAUUUUAUUAUUUUUUUGCAUUGGAUAAAAACUUAGUGGCAAAAAUUUUUUUGGUGCUAUAAAUCUGAUGGUUUUUGAAAUUCAAAAUCCAAUCUUGAUGCUGAAAAAUCCAGUUCUAGAAACUCAAAUUCAAACUCAGAUGGCGCUAAUUUACUUCGAUACUCAAUUUCCAACAAAAUCUGGUCUACCGUUAAAUGUAGGUUCACAGGCAUCAUCCUCUGAUGAGAUUUGAUGUGUGUGUGAUUGUUCUCUAAACAAUAGAAAAAAGGACAUUAUUGACAUUGAUUCUCUAUUUUACUUGAUUUUGUCCAGAAAAAAACAUCUUUAAUUCUUUCAUAAAACAAACUCUUCUUGUACUUUUACAGGAACUCUUGUCCCCACCUGUGAUUCAUGUCAUGAUCAAGCUGCCUGUCUGGAGUUUAAAGAAAGAGGCGACACUUUCUCAAGCCAGUCGCUCUCAUGUGUCUGUAAAGAUGGUUUUGUAGGUGACGGUCUCAGGUGUUAUGACGUAAAGCUCUGCAGUGACUCUUCUUGCUGUAAAGAUGGUUAUCACUGGUCACCGGACAAAGGCUGUGUGGACACUGAUGAAUGCUCCCUCAAAGACUCGCCCUGCAAACCAUCUCAAGUUUGCCAAAACACUCCAGGCUCCUUUGAAUGCCUGGAGCCUCACCCCAGCUCCAGAUCUGGUCCAUCCUUCCAGUCUAGCCAGUUCAGCUGUGGAAACACAACAUGUCCUUUGGGCAUGGACUGCAUCCGUGUGAACGAGACCCUCCGCUGUGCUGAUCCCUGCCAGCAUUACACUGUACUGAAUGAUGAGUGGAGAUCAACCAAUAACACCUCCAACCUGAUUCACUGUGAUCGAGAUAUUUACUGGCAAGGCUGGUAUCGGCUUUUUCUGGGACAAACCAGUGCUCAAAUCCCAGAUUGGUGUGUGCCUCCAAACAGGUGUGGAACCCAUGUCCCUUUGUGGAUAACAGCACCUCAUCCCACACAGCCAGGUCGGAUUGAACGUCGCACUGUGUGUAACUCCUGGGCUGGCAGCUGCUGCCUCUUUGCCUCACAAAACAUCCAUGUCAAGCUCUGCUAUGGAAAGUACUAUGUCUACAAACUUGUUGAUCCAGGCCUGUGCCGGCUUGCAUACUGUGCAGGUAUUGUUUGAUUUUAAAGCUAAUUCAAAAAACAAGUUUAUACUCAGUAAUUAAGACAAAAAGGAAAUUGAUACAGUCUUAUAAAUGACUUACUAAUCAAGAAACAACUGAGCUGCUGUCCACAAAUCUGAAAAUAACUUAUUUAUUUAAGCCACCUUUGGUCAAACAAUAGUGUCUAACUGUUUUUAAUGUAAACAGAGGUGAACGGAACAUCUCCUGUGGUACCUUCAUCAACACCUGAACCAAACACUCCCACUACUCCCAACUAUGUGAACAUCACCUCCACCACAAUAGCAGGAAACAGCUCAACAGCUGAGGGGGAGGUCCGCCUGGUGAAUGGGAGAAGCUCCUGCUCUGGCAGAGUAGAGAUCUUCCACCGUGGACAGUGGGGGACAGUGUGUGAUGACAGCUGGGACAUCAGAGAUGCCAACGUGGUGUGUAGACAGCUGGACUGUGGUGCUGCUCGUUCAGCUUUAUCAAACGCAGCUUUUGGACAGGGCAGUGGACCUAUCUGGUUGGAUGAUGUGAGCUGCUUUGGUAAUGAGCCAUCCAUUACAGACUGCAGACAUCCAGGGUUUGGGAACCACAAUUGUGGUCAUGUUGAAGAUGCCAGUGUCAUCUGUGAAGGUAAAUAUUGACAUUACAGUUUGUUGCUGAUGAGAAAAAACCCUCAUCUUUCAUUUUUAAUACUGACCACAGACCAGUUAGCACUGUAUUGUAUCACCAAAAUCCCACAAUGCUCACCUCUUUAUGAGAAGAAAACUGAAUUUUACAUCCAACAACAAUAAACUACAUCAUGAAGAUUUACAUAAAGAAUUAACAGAGAACUUUGGCCAGUGAUGACCCUGAGGGCUGAAGAUGUGUCCAGACCUGACAAAGUCUUGUCUUUUAGGUGAUCCGGACUUUAACAACACAGUCACAGCUACUCCUGGUCCAAUUCAACCAACUACUACUCCCAACUAUGUGAACAUGACCUCCACCACAACAGCAGGAAACAGCUCAACAGCUGAGGGGGAGGUCCGCCUGGUGAAUGGGAACAGCUCCUGCUCUGGCAGAGUAGAGAUCUUCCACCGUGGACAGUGGGGGACAGUGUGUGAUGAUAGCUGGGGUCUGCUGGAUGCUCAGGUGGUCUGCAGACAGCUGGGCUGUGGUAGGGUUCUGUCAGCACAACAGUCUGCUGCUUUUGGACAAGGCAGUGGACCCAUCUGGAUGGAUGACGUCGCGUGUUCAGGCAGUGAAUCAAAGCUCAGUGAGUGCGGGCACAGAGGGUUUGGAAGUCAUGACUGUAGCCACAGUGAGGAUGCUGGUGUUGUUUGUGAGGGUGAGUACAUUUUGUUUUCCCGUGUGAACAACCUCCUAUUACUCUAAUUUUGAGUUUGAACAGUUUUGUGAGUUUGACCAAAUCUAAACACUUUGCACCUUUCAACGUAGUAUUUCAUUCAUUAAGUUAAAAAAGACGAUUUUUUACCUUCUAAAUCGUCUUAAAUGCUUUUACCUUCUGAACAAUUUUUUAUGUAAAUGUAUUCUAUGUUAUUUAUUUUCUUUUUAUGAUGUAUGGCAGUGUUUUAAAUGCCUGUGCUGCAACCCGAUUUGCCCAUUUUUGGGACAUAAUUAAGUUGAAGUAAAAUGAAAACUGAAAUGAAAAUAUAAGAGAAAGAAAUAUUGAAUUUAAUUGAUCAAGUGCUUUUCAAGUCCUUGAAGAUCCUGUACAAACUCAUAACCACACAAAUAAAACAACAAACAAUUUUUAAAAAUAAACAAAAGAAAAAACAUCUCCAGCUAUUAGAAGGUCAUAAAAGAGGGGAUUUGAAUGUGGGUAGAUUAGGACAGUCAUGGAUGUCAUAAGGAAUAGUAUAGUAUGAGGAGAGGAGACUGUAGGACAGGGUUUAGAGAUGAGCAGGUCUGUGAGAUAGGGUGGAGACACAGAGUUAUGUUGUUGAAUUUAAAGGGGGGAGUCGGGGGGUUGUUUUGGUGAGGGAUUUGGAGCCGAUGAUGAAGUGAAAUUUGUUGUGAUUUGUCUGAGGGAAGUUGGUUUGCAUCCAUUUUUAAUUUCUGAGAGGACGUCAGUCAGUGUGGAGUGGAGGAUAUGAUGAACAGGUGGAAAUGUAAAUCUGGUUAUCAUCAGUGAAUAAAUAAGAGAGGACCAACCACUGAACCCGGUGGUACACCGUGAGACACAGGAAAGGUAGAGAAGCAGCAGUUGUUGAUUUUGGGUGAACUGUUGCCUGGGUGAUAGACAUGACCUGAACCAGGACAGGCCAUGCCAGAGAUACUAAAUAAUGAUUCCAGAUGAGGAAGGAGAAAUUUGUUGAGGUUGAGAAUGAUGAGGAGGGUGAGGUGAUAAAAAUCUGUAGUUAGAGGAGAGUUCCAGGUCAGACAACAAUUAAAACUGAGAGAUGCUGAGUGGCAGAAGGGGUGGAGGUGUACGGGGAAUAGGUGUGUGUGUGCAGGGGGGGAAAUGGACUUGAGGUUUCCAAAGAAUAACAAUCAAGUGUCUUUUUGGGAUGAUACUAUCCAUGACAAUAUCCAGUACUUCUGAAAAAUACUGAUGUCUGCAGGAUUUCAGGUUUUAUUAUGUGCCUCAUACUUUUGUUAUUUCAUGUUUGUUGACAGCUGCUGCCUCAGUGAGGCUGGUAAACUCUGGAAGCCGCUGCUCUGGCAGAGUGGAGGUCAACCAUAAUGGACGCUGGGGGACAGUUUGUGAUGAUAGCUGGGACAUCAGGGAUGCCGAUGUGGUGUGUAGACAGCUGGGCUGUGGUGCUGCUCGUUCAGCUCUGUCAAACGCAGCUUUUGGACAGGGCAGUGGACCCAUCUGGUUGGACGAUGUGAGCUGCUAUGGUAAUGAGCAAUCCAUUACAGACUGCAGACAUCCAGGGUUUGGGGUUCACAAUUGUGCUCAUGUUGAAGACGCCAGUGUCAUCUGUGAAGGUAAAUAUUGAGAUUACAGUUUGUUGCUGAUGAGAAAAAAAAACCUCAUCUUUCAUUUUUAAUACUGACCACAGACCAGUUAGCACUGUAUUGUAUCACCAAAAUCCCACAAUGCUUACCUCUUUAUGAGAAGAAAACUGAAUUUUACAUCCAACAACAAUAAACUACAUCAUGAAUAUUAACAUGUAGAAUUAACAAAGAACUUUGGCUCAUAACCAGUGAUGACCCUGAGGGCUGAAGAUGUGUCCAGACCUGAAAAAGUCUUGUCUUUUAGGUGAUCCAAACUUUAACAACACAGUCACAGCUACUCCUGGUCCAAUUCAACCAACUACUACUCCCAACUAUGUGAACAUCACCUCCACCACAACAGCAGGAAACAGCUCAACAGCUGACGGGGAGGUCCGCCUGGUGAAUGGGAGCAGCUCCUGCUCUGGCAGAGUAGAGAUCUUCCACCGUGGACAGUGGGGGACAGUGUGUGAUGAUAGCUGGGACAUCAGGGACGCCAAUGUGGUGUGUAGACAGCUGGGCUGUGGUGCUGCUCGUUCAGCUCUGUCAAACGCAGCUUUUGGACAGGGCAGUGGACCCAUCUGGGUGGAUGAUGUGAGCUGCUUUGGUAAUGAGCCAUCCAUUACAAACUGCAGACAUCGAGGGUUUGGGAACCACAAUUGUGCUCAUGUUGAAGACGCCAGCGUCAUCUGUGAAGGUAAAUAUUUACACAGAAAUCUCACAGUACUCACCUCUCAAUGAGAAGAAAACUGAAUUUUACAUCCAACAACAAUAAACUACAUCAUGAAUAUUAACAUGUAGAAUUAACAAAGAACUUUGGCUCAUAACCAUUGAUGACCCUGAAGGCUGAAGAUGUGUCCAGACCUGAAAAAGUCUUAUCUUUUAGGUGAUCCAAACUUUAACAGCACAGUCACAGCUACUCCUGGUCCAAUUCAACCAACUACUACUCCCAACUAUGUGAACAUGACCUCCAUCACAACAGCAGGAAACAGCUCAACAGCUGACGGGGAGAUCCGCCUGGUGGAUGGGAACAGCUCCUGCUCUGGCAGAGUAGAGAUCCUCCACCGUGGACAGUGGGGGACAGUGUGUGAUGAUUUAUGGGAUGUACGAGAUGCUCAGGUGGUCUGCAGACAGUUGGGCUGUGGCUCAGUCUUGACAGCACAGACAGAUGCUUUUUUUGGACCGGGCAGUGGACCCAUCUGGAUGGUUGAUGUCGCAUGCACUGGUCAUGAGUCAGAGCUCAGUGACUGUGUGCACGGAGGGUUUGGAAGUCACAAUUGUAGCCACACUGAGGAUGCAGGUGUCAUUUGUGAAGGUAAAAACAUUGUGUUGCACCAUCUCUGAAGCUAUUACAAAAUACUCUUUAGCAGAAGCAGAUGCACGGAUGUGUGAUUUUGAAUAAACUUGUUAAUAAAAACUAUCUCUUAAAUGUGUCUCAUACCUCUGAUGUGUUUCAGGUUUACAGCCAGUUGCUUUACCACUGAGGCUGGUAAACUCUGACAACCGCUGCUCUGGCAGAGUAGAGGUCUACCAUGAGGGACAGUGGGGGACAGUGUGUGACGAUUUCUGGGACCUCAGCGAUGCCGAUGUGGUGUGUAGACAGCUGGACUGUGGUGCUGCUCGCUCAGCUCUAUCAAAUGCUGCUUUUGGACAGGGCAGUGGACCCAUCUGGUUGGACGAUGUGAGCUGUUCUGGCAUUGAAUCCUAUCUUACACACUGCAGACAUCGAGGGUUUGGGGUUCACAAUUGUGGUCAUGUUGAAGAUGCCAGUGUGGUUUGUGAAGGUAAGUGUUGGCACUUAUUCAUAUCAACCUCAACUCUAAUGGUUUACAUUUGACCAGAAAAAGUGUCUGUUGUUCCUUUCACUGCCUGAUAAAAUCCCUUGUCUGGCUUCAAAUUCUCUACCUUGUCUGAGAACAGCCUGAGCCAAGGCCUGCCUUUUCCUUCUUGAGACACCUGAUAGUUUGCCAGAACUUCCUUGAGGUCAACCAAAAGUCCUCCUUCAUAGCCUCUCCACAUUCUUUUCACAUUGGGGUUCUUGCUUUUGCAGCCACUGUGACUGCAGCCCUCCUGGCCUUUCAGCUGCUUCCAAAGACCCCUGGGCUAACCAAGCUCAAAAGAUCUCCUUCCUCAGUCUGACUGCUUCCUCACCAAUGGUGUCCAUCAACAGGUUUGAGGGUUGCUGCUACUACAGGCAUUGAUUAACUCCAGGCCACGGCUGCUACUGGCUGCUUCUACAAUGGAGGCUUUGAACACGGUCCAUUAUGAUUCCAUUUCCCCAACCUCUCUUGAGAUGCACAAGAAAUCCUUCCAGAGAGGGAGUUGAAGACCUUACUAAUAGGGACCUUUGCCAGACAUUCAUAAUCACUCUUAAUUAGGUGGUGAUUAGUUGGGAGCUCUGUUCCUCUCUUCACCCAAAAUGUCGAAACAUACAACUGCAGAUCAGAUGAUAUGACAGUUGAUCUCUAGCCUAGGGUAGCUUGAUACCAGGUACACUUACGAACCACCAUUUGCUCACACAUGGUGUUAGCUAUUGCUAAUCAUGACUAGCAAAGAAGUCCAAAGCACUGCCCAAGCUCAGCCCUGGCAGGCUGUUAUUCCCAACCACUCCUCCAGCUGGGAACUCUUCCAGGGACCCACCCACAAACUCCAAGAAGGUUGUGUACGCUGACCUGCUACUUGGCCAUUAUGCGCAACAACAGACUUUGCCUUCCCCCUACAACCUGAAGCCUCAGAGAGGUUACCUUCUUGGUUCCUGGAGAAAACUCUAACACUCCCCACACCUACCAAGUGCCUCACUCACAAGGACCAUGCUGGAAGAGAGCCCAGCCUCUCUCCAGCAGUUUAGCCCCAGAGCCAGUGCAAUGGUUCUGACUACAUCUGUACAGUACCACUUCACCUAAAGCAGCAACUUCAGCUCCUUACCUACCAGUGAGGAAAAUUUCCACAUCCCAAGAACAAAUCCAUAACUCCAUGAACAAGCAUGCCCAAACCUACUGCAAUGACUUGACAGGCUUCCAAUGCACUACACCUUGCCUAGCCUUGAGGCUGAUGGGCCCACAGGGCAGUGGCUUCUUGCUGUUUCUUCAGACUGAGCCCAACCAGGCUCCAUGGAGGAGUCCAACCCUUUGUUGUUUAGAUGUGAAUACAUAUUUAAGCAAGAUAAAGAGAUACACUGAUAUAAGAUACACAGGUUAUUAAAAAAAUACAAGGUUAUAUUUCAAGAGUUUUUCCCAGGACUGUGAAUCAUUGUUUAACAAUGCUAAAGCUGGAGGGGGCAGUAGAAUGUUGGGGACUAUUCAGAAAACUUUCUUUAUCUUUUAAUACAGCAGCAGAAAACAACUCAACAGCUGAGGGGGAGGUACGUGUGGUUAAUGGGAACAGCUCCUGCUCUGGCAGAGUAGAGAUCUUCCACCUUGGACAGUGGGGGACAGUGUGUGAUGAUAGCUGGGGUCUGCAGGAUGCUCAGGUGGUCUGCAGACAGCUGGGCUGUGGUAGGGUACUGUCAGCACCACAAUUAGCAGCUUUUGGACAAGGCAGUGGACCCAUCUGGAUGGAUGAAGUUUCAUGCACUGGUCAUGAAUCAGAGCUCAGUGAGUGCAGGCACCCAGGGUUUGGAAAUCAUGACUGUAGACACAUUAAGGAUGCUGGUGUUGUUUGUGAGGGUAAAUACAUAUUAUCAAAAUGUGUCACAAGCCGUCUGUGGUACUUUAUCAAGCUGAAAACAGUUUAGUAAUCUGUCACCAACUAGAUUACAUAAAACAUGACUUAGACACCACACUUGUCACCCUAAUCUUCAGCCUUAAAUCUUAUUAUUUCUCUUUUCACUCCCUGCCCAUUCCCUCUUUUCCUGCAUUGUCAAAAUUCUGAUCCACACUAAUCAUGGAACAAAAAGCUAAAAAGAUCAAAAAGAAGAGAUAAAGUAUUUAGUAUUACAGCACAUUGUCUUUAUGAAGUUUACACUUGAGAUGUGUUCAUAUCAUUAAUGUCAUGACUUACAUUUCCCAUCAGCUGCUGCUCCAGUGAGGCUGGUAAACUCUGGCAGCCCCUGCUCUGGCAGAGUGGAGGUCUACCAUGAUGGACGGUGGGGGACAGUGUGUGAUGAUUUCUGGGACCUCAGGGAUGCCAACGUGGUGUGUAGACAGCUGGACUGUGGUGCUGCUCUUUUCAGCUUUUCAAACGCAGCUUUUGGACUGGGCAGUGGACCCAUCUGGAUGGAUGAUCUGGGCUGUUUUGGCAAUGAAACAUCUUUAGCAGACUGCAGAAAUGGAGGGUUUGGGAACCACAAUUGUGGUCAUCAUGAAGAUGCUGGAGUUGUCUGUGGAGGUAAAUCCAUUUUCUUUAACCCACUUUGAUUCUUAUAGGGUUACUUUAUUUUCUUUAAGCUGUACCGGCAUAAAAACAUGUCUCUCAUUAAAUUGAUGUUUUUAAACUUUGUGAUUUUUGUUUUAGAGGACUUACGCUCUACAAUUUUAUGUUUUCACAUGCAAUGUAUUCUGCUGUCUUUUUUCAGUCCCUACACCUCAGCAUUACCUGCUCAUUUGUAGCCCAGAUACACUUCGAUUGGGGGUGGAUAUACCUGGCCUGACAUCCUCCGGUUUGAACCCACUCUCUGGCAACUUGGCAUCCCCCAGCUGCUCCUGGAACCGAGUGCACAAUAAUGUAGUGUGGUACGAGGUGGAGGCCAGGGAGGGUCUCUGUAGAACCACUCUGACGGUAAAGACUUGACCGGUUUUACUUUGAGAAUCAGAUUGUAUUUAGGAUAAAAGAAAAGAUCUUUUUUGGUACAGUUUGGUCAUGUCUGUAAUGCUACUGACAACAUCAUAUCAUCCAAAGUUAACAUUCUGGUAACACAAUCAUUCUGUUAUUUUCAGACCAACAGCACACAUGCCAUCUACUCCAACAUCUUAUUUAUCUAUCCUUUAAACAAUGAGUCCUUUAACCUUCCUGUAAGCGUCCCCUUCUCCUGUGCGUAUCCCCUGGAAUUAGACACCAGCUUGAAUGUGGUUAUCAGACCAGUUCUGCCGUAAGUAGCCUCUAAUUACUUAUUAACUCUGAAGUGGACUUGAUGUACUUUUAGGACGUACUCUGAUUUUGACUUUAGGAGACACGGAAAUGUUUCAAUUUGCUGCAUGAUGUAUAUUUCUGAAUCAACUAAAAACACAAAGAUAUGUCCAGAGUACUCUGAAAUGCUUAAAACUAGUCAUUUAAAGAGGAACUAGAAAAUUCCCUCUGGGAAAUUUUGAACGGGCGUUGGAGGUUAGUGGAGGUGUGUACAUUAUGAUGAGAUUCUUCAGAGACUGUAAAUAAUUAAUACUGUUAAUACUGUUAAUACUAUUGUGAUUUUAUAUACAAGGAGCACUACUACAACAAACAUUCCUUUAACUCCAAUAAUUGCUCUUUUUUCUGCUUGUCCCAUUGACUUCAAAAUUUUUUUAUGUUUUUUGUGACAUACGUCACAACAGAGGCCGCUUUUUGAUCAUUAAUGAAAUCGCUCUGAAAGUGAUUAAAUGAUGCAGACAUCAGGGCAGUCCCUGGUUAAGGAAUUGGUCUCAGCCAUAGACUGUAUAUACUACAGACAACUUGGUUGCGCCGUCCGCCAGUAUACAAAAUUGAAGCCAAAAAGCUCUCGGUAAGUCCGCAUUUUUCCUUCAUUUCCUGGAACCAACAUUGUACAGUAGUAUUGUACGCAUCCGGCGGGAGAGUCGCUGAGUCGCUCCGAUGACGUUCGGCUCAAACAGCAUUUCCCCCCGGUGAGCUAAGCAAUCCUUGUGGGCCCAUCGGCUGUAUCAGGUGUCAAUCAUAGAAAACUUGAACCUGUCCAUUCUAUAUACACAUACAAUGUUAAAAAGUAAUAGCCAUAGACUGAAUACAGAAUGGAUGCCGUCUGCCUCCUCGCUGGGUGAAGCCACCCUGUGAACAGCACCCUCUGGUGACGGGCUGCAGUAUAGGUCAUAAAUCCCGCCUCCUCAAGCAAACUUAAUGGAGCUGUGGACAAACUUUAGAAAUUAAUUACACAGAAUAUAAAUGUUUCUCCCCCCUUGGUUGCGAUGUUGACAUGUGGUUACAGUAAGACUGGUUUGUGCUCAAGUCCUCUUUUUUCACUUUUUAAAAGUUAUUUGGGGGUUCAUGGUUUCUAUGAUUGACACUCGAUACAGCCUAUGGGCGUACGAAGAUUGCGUAGCUCACCCGAGGGAUACGCUGUUUCAGCUGAGUGUCAUCACAGCGACUCUCCCCCGAAUGCGCACAAUGCUACUGUGCAAGUAGUGGAGUGCGUACAAUGCUAUGGCGCAAUGUUGGUUUCACGAAAUGGAGACAAAACGCAGAAUCACUGAAAGCUUUUCGGCUUCAAAUCCAUAUACUGGCGAAAGGCAGAACCAAGUUGUCCAUAGUAUAUACACCGAUCCUAAUCAAGUCACACGUUAAUAUAUGUAAUUUAUUCCACGGCCCUUUAAACUGUAGGACUAGUCGCGAAAUUGAAAUAUGUCAGGAAGAGGAAUAAGAAAAACUCCACAGUAUAACAAUAGUGCCUUGGGGCACAGCUCCAACUAACUAAAGUUGUUGGACUAACUAAAAGAGGAUGUAUAAACAGGUUUUGACUGCCUUAAAAUUAACAAUAUGGUCUUUGCAGGACAGCAAGUGGAAUUUCUGGAUCAGGUCCCAGAAACAGGGCCUCGGUGUUUCUUUUUGUCAACUCAGCCUACACUCAGAUGUAUCCACCCGGCCGGGUCAGCCUGCCUGUGGGUUCACCUUUGUUCGUGGGUGUCUCUGUACCAGGGAGAGAUCCCAACUUUGUUGCUGUUCUGGACAACUGCUACGCCUCUCACUCAUCCUCCCCUAAUAAUCCUAUGCUAUACCCUCUUAUCCGGAACAGGUGAGAGUCUUCAAGUCUAAGAGCAUUGUUUGAUGAGUAUGAUGGAAAAGUUAAAUGUGCAUUUAUACUGUAAGCCCUGUUGACCUGAUAAGUUGCUGCUUCUCUCUUCCAGGUGUCCCGUUGACAGCCGACUGGUGUCUGUGACUGAGAGCGGCAGGUCUUCCCGUGCUCGAUUCACUGCCCUGCUCUUCCCGCCAGACGGUGAAUCCAGAGAUAUUUAUCUCCAUUGUAAUCUCAGGUUGUGUAACCGAAGGAACUCCAUCUGUAUCCCAGUAAGUCAAACAGUAUUUUCAUAAUUAGCAUUAUCUAUGCUUAACCCUUGUUAUUAAAAAUAAAUGGAUGAUGACAUUAUCUGUCACUUUUCUAAGUCCUGUGGAAGGAGGAGAGCUCGUUCUGUGUCCAACUCUGAUGCCAUGGAGAGCCUCACCAUCGGACCUGUUGCUUGUGAGUAUUAGUUUCUAUUUGGUAAAAAGGCUGAUGUCUUAAAACACUGAAUAACACAGAAAUAACUCAUGUCUUCUGUGUUUCUGUCUUUAUCUUUAGGGGAAAAGUCAGCUGAGUGAGCUGGUCACAAACUUUUACAAACUCAUUUUAGACUGUAAUACUAUUUUGUACUGCAUGUAUCUUACAUUAACAAGACAUCAAACUAUGAGAAAAGUUACUCCAGAUUAGCGGUCAUAUCAGACUUCAUGUUGUUCCUCUGUUCUGACACAUUUAAAUGGUUGAAAUCAAACCAAGAUAUAGAAGUGAGAAGUACCUACACCAUGUGAAUUUACUGUAUACACACGAUUCUCAAAAUGCACUUUGUCUUGGACCAAGUAUAUCUUUCUUAAGUUGCGAUUUAAUCAAUGACAGAUUUGUGAAUGCAAUUGAAGUGCUCAAUAAAGUGUCAACUAUGUAAAAAUGCAGGAUUGCGUGUUCUUUUAAAUAACACUGCCCUCUAGUGGCUGAACAUUUCAGGCUGAAUCUGACGGACAGUAAAAUCCUAAAAAAAUACGGUCUAUUUGAUUUUCCACUCAACUCAUAAUCAUUCACAAAACAAAAAGCUGUGUUCACAUGAAGUUGACUACUUGAUACAUCAGGCAUGAUGUCCAUUUACUUCUAAUUCUGGUAUGUGUUAUCUCUUAUUUGUCUGCCUGUCAUGGUGUUGUGGGGGCAGAGGAAAAGUAAGGCUCACAGGGUGGAAUUGUACAGACUUGGUGAGAGUGGUCCAGGCAGGGGCAAAAGGCAGUAUAUCACCACUGAUGAACUACUGCUAAACUUCUUUUAUCCAUACUGGGAGAAAUUCAGUGAAAAAGUUCUUGCAAGAAAAGAGAAAAAUAAGACAAAAGUAAGAGAGUAGACAAGAGCAUCUAUAACCUGCUGCAUGCAUGGCCGGUCGUGAUUAAUCCAUAUUCCUACUCUUACUCUAGCAGCUGGAGAACAGACAGGUCCAUAGCAGCAAGAUUUCUGCAGCAACGAUCCAGAGGAACAUACUGGAUUAUAGAAAUUAGGGACUCACAGAAAAGACUAAAGUUAGUGACACAGACUGAUAGAGGACAGGGAAGAGGACGAUGGUCAAUCUGGUACAUGUUAUGGUUUCAUGACAUACACUUGUAACAGUGAGAUGAGCUGCUGUUGCUCUUCGAUGGCCAACACAACAGAAAAAAGAAAGUUGCGUGUCUGAUAUAUGAAGCUAAUUUAUUUCCUUCUUCCCCAUGUAUCAUGUCAAACCUCAACUCUGUUUAAUUUUGAUACUCACCUUUGUCUCCACCCUGAGUUAUGAACUACACAAUCCCUCUUUUGUUACACACAGCAGUGUUUACCACUUCCUUUUGGCUGUUUGUUGGAUGUUUUAACAAAGUUCAUAAGACGUGAAUUUGAUAUGAAGGCUCUAAUAACACAGCUCGUGUUUCUAUGAUGUUCCACUCAAAGUUCCAUCUUCACAACAAGUGAUCUGUCUGGUCUUAGUGAGGUUGGAGUGACUUAGGGUUAGGUUAUAACACCAAACAAUGAAUACAUAAAAAGUAAGAAAAGAAAAAAAACAAAAACACUCAGUUGAUUUAAUGAUGUAUUUUGAUCAGUCAUAAAUAAAAGUGUUUGACAUGAUUUAAAAUAAGUGUAACACUUUACAAUAACCAUAACUUACAAAUAGUAAAUAAACCAUUUAUAAAUGGUGAGCAGAAAGUUUAUUAAUGUUUAAUCAUCAUUUAUAAAUAGCAUAUAGACCAUAGAUAAAUUGUAAAUUUUACAAUUUUAAAAACCUAACCCUAACUCUAACCCUAACUUUACAAUAACCAUCUUAGAAAUGUGUAUAGGUGGUUUAUAAACCACUUAUUAAUCAUUUACAACGUAUUACAAACAUCAGUUGCAAUUUUACAAUAACCAUCUAAGUAAUGUCUAUAGAUGGUUUAAAAAAAAAAAUAUUAACCAUUCACAAAGUGCUACUGACACAUUUUAAUCUUGAUGUUUUACAACCAAUAUUUAAAUCCUAUAUAAACCUUUAAUUAAUAAUCCAUUAAUAAUUACUAAAAAUUAUUAAUCAUUAUUUCAUUGCUUGUUAAUAAACUAUCUAUUUGCCAUUUAUUCACCUGGGGGAAGGCGGAGACCCCGAGCUGCCAGCUGUGCUCAGGGAGAGGAACACUGGAACACGUCCUGAGCUUCUGCCCAACAGCACUCGGCCAGGGCCGAUACACCUGGCGCCACAACCAGGUGCUGAAGCCAAUUGCUGAAGCCAUUAGCAGGGGUAUCAGCAACUGUUGCCAGGUGCGAAACACCACCAACACCAUCGCUUUUGUCAAAGCAGGAGUUCAGCCAAAGGCAGGUGGCAAGAAGGCACCAGCAGGGAUCCUGGCAACUGCCCAAGAUUGGCAGCUCUCGGUAGAUCUAGAGAAGCAGCUACGGUUCCCCCAGCACGUUGUCAGCACCACCCUGAGGCCAGAUAUCCUCCUGGUCUUAGAGAGCACCAAGAACAUCGUGAUCAUGGAGCUGACGGUGCCAUGGGAGGACCGCUUGGGGGAGGCCCAUGAAAGGAAGAGGACCAAGUAUGAACAUCUGGUAAUCGAAUGUCGUCAACAGGGCUGGAAGGCACGAUGUAUGCCCAUCGAAGUUGGCAGCAGGGGAUUUGUGGGACGCUCACUCCACAAAGCCCUGAGCGUGUUGGGCAUUACGGGAACAGCAAGGAGCAGAGCCAUCAAGAACACCUAUGAGGCAGCUGAGAAAGCCUCGAGAUGGCUCUGGAUCCGAAGAGGAGAACCAUGGGGACAAGUGAAUGCCACCUGAACACAAGCCGCGGCUUGAUCAACCGCGGCUGGGUUGCCUGGGCGAGGGUGUAUAAUGUUGCAAGAUCCGAAACACCCUAUGAACCCAGGAUACAUUACUGAUGAUGUGUUCAGGUUGCAUCAGAAGAUGUAGUUUAGAACGAGGUCUAUAUGCUGUUUCUGAAUGAUGAUUAAACAUUAAAAAAAUAUCUAUUCACCGUUUAUAAAUUAUGGUUAUUGUAAAGUGGCGAUAUUAUUAAUUAAACUGAGUGUUUUUUACUUAAUGUUUUAUGCAUUCAUUGUUUGGUGUUAUAACGAUCCAUUUUUACAGCAAAAAGUUCCUAACCCUAAGUCACUCCAACCUCACUGGUUAUUGUAAAGUUAGGGUUAGGGUUAGGGUUAGGUUUUUAAAAUUGUAUCAUUUAUAAUUUAUUAAUGGUCUAUAUGCUAUUUAUAAAUGAUGAUUAAACAUUAAUAAACUUUCUGCUUACCAUUUAUAAAUGGUUUAUUUACCAUUUAUAAGUUAUGGUUAUUGUAAAGUGUUACCCUUAUUUUAAAUCAUGUCAAACACUUUUAUUUUUGACUGAUCAAAAUACAUCAUUAAAUCAACUGAGUGUUUUUUUCUUACUUUUUAUGUAUUCAUUGUUUGGUGUCAUAACCUAACCCUAAGUCACUCCAUCCUCACUAAGACCAGACAGAUCACUUGUUGUGAAGAUGGAACUUUGAGUGGAACAACACUAGUUGUGUCAUAGAGCCUUUAUAUCAAAUUCACAUUUAAUGAACUUUGUUAAAACAUCCAACAGACAGCCAAAAGGAAGUGGUACACAUUGCUGCGAGUAACAAGAGAGGGAAGGGGUAGGUGUCGUGGGCAGAUUUAGUUCAUAACUCAGGGUGGAGACAAAGGUGAGUAUCAAAAUAAAACAGAGUUGAGGUUUGACAUGAAACACGGGGAAGGAAAUAAAUUUGCUCCAUGUCUGCAAUGUGAAAGUAGAUACUUUAGUUUAGCCACUUGUGUCAAAAAAGUCCGGGUAUGUUGUCUAAGAUGUGAUGGAUCAUAUAACAUCAUGGCAAAAAAAUAUUAACAAAGCUUAAAAUUAAUAUGUAGCAUAUUGAAUUAUACGUAAAUAGGAUAACAUGCAGGGGUAAUACAAGGCCAGACUAGUGCAUUUAUAUAACCCAUUUCAGCAGAUAAGGCAAUUCAAGGUGAAGUGCUUAACAGUCAGGAGGGUCAUUAUGAAGGUCAGAAAAAAACAUGUUAAAAGCAAACAUUCAAAAAUCAUUAAAACAUUUCUUUUUUUGAUUGUUAUCAUUGUUUCUUCUUUUCUUUAAGUAAACAAGUGAAUAACAAUAUUGAUUUGUUAAGAUCAAAUGACAACUUUAGGUCAUCUAACACGAAUGUACUUAGAUGCUUGGUAGCCCUGGAUUAGCCUUGUUUUAUUGUCCUGAAUUAAUCAAAAUUAAUGGAGCGGACCCAGAGCGUCUUCCCUGGGAUUAAAAAAACAAAAAUGACUCGAUCCUGUUUCUGCUUUCAUCUCCGCAGCUUUGUAAAGUCAUUCAAAAUGGGAGUUGGCAAAGAAAACUUUAAAGUUAGAAACUUACUUGUAGAAAACCUUCAGAGGAGAUUGGAGUCUUUGUUGUUUGGAUAUGAACAUUCACUUUUCCAGCCUUAACUCAUACACCAUGUGGCUCCAAUGACUCGUCAUGCCAUGGGUAAUUUAUGACACACACUUUCAUUCAUGACUGAUCAAAAAACACCAUAAAUCUCUCCCUGCUCAAUGUUUGAUUUGAUAUCUUAUCAGUUAAGUGUCUGAGAUAGUCUUCACCCUGAUGUGCUUCCUCAUAACAUUUUAUUUCAGCAGUGAGACUAAAAUGUUGAGGUUUUAUUUAUAUGAUAUUUAACUUCUAAAGUGUUUUAAUUUUUUGGGUUAAUAUGUACAGUACACUUUUUCACAAGUCUAAAACAUCCUAAUCACAUUUUAGGUCACAGGUCAUUUACUUAAGGAAGGUUUCUGUUUUUUUUCUCUUGUUUAAUACGUACUGCUCCAAAUUUCAGAGAAACAAACAUUUGUUUCAUGAAAGAAAAAAAUUACUGAAAUUUAAAGUAAGUCAACAAAACUCCUGCUAUGUAGACCAAGUGGCUCACAGUCAAUCAUGAUGUAGUAGACAGUAGAAGUAGACAGUUAACAAAGCACUCGUUCUCUAGGUAAACUUAAUAAUGAAUUUAAUGUUUUGGGUGAUUUUAGCUGCAAGCUGACUGGACUUAGAAAAUGUUGAUAUGCAGUUAGAAGCACGAGACAAAUCAAGCGCUUCAGUCUUUAAGGCGAUAAUACCAUCAAACUACUUUAUACGUGGUCUCCUUGACACUCAGAGACUCCACAGUAUUUCAGUCGUUAACAAAAGAGGAAAGUCAAUGAAAAGAGUGAUGCUGGAAUGUGCAAACUUUUUAAGGUCAAGAGGUUUCCAUUUUCCAACUCUCACAAAAAAUUGAUUGGAAAACAACAAAAUAUGCCAAUUUGACACUCUGGUCUUACUAUGCCGGAUCUGAUUGAAUUAUAUCCUUGAAUGUAUCAGUGCUCAUUUCUUGCUUUUUUUUGCCAAUAAAUGUCUCACAAUCAGGUAGGUGGACUCACAAACAGGUAUAAAUUCUCACUCUCCGUGAAAGAACUUCACCUUCAGACUCUCCAUCCAGGACUUCUACAGCAGCUCCAAGGUUGGUGCAAAGACAGACAAAGAAUUUAAUUCAAUGCUUUUUAAAAACAUGUUCAAAGACAUCUCUUUUCUUCUUUUUCAGCACUUUAGUAUCGUGGAUCUGGUCCAUAAUGGGGGCUCUCAAGGGGCUUUUGUUGGUUCUAAUUUUACAGAUUUUCACUGCAAGCACCUCAGGUAAACCAGCUGACUUCUUAUGUGGGCUUGGACAAUAAGACACUUUUAUCAUGAAGAUUUACUUUAACGACUAAGUCUUUUCUUGCACAAAAUUUCAUUUUUUUCCCCUCAGGAAUAUCAGUGUCACAUUUUUGAGUAAUUUCAAUCAUGCUUUUUAAAGCAUCAUAGUCCAAAUUCCAACUCAAAUCAAGUUAAGUAAUCCUGAACAUUGUGGGGUCGCUACAAGAGGAGGUCAUGUCAAUCAGCUGCAGAAUCUUAAUUUCAAACAAAAUCUGGUCCUCAUAGAUGUAGGUUCACAGACAUCAUCCUCUGAUGAGAAUUGAUGCGUGUGUGUGAUUAUUCUGGGGAUUUUAAAUCAACUGAAUAAAAGGGUGCUGGUGUCAUCUGUGAAGGUAAAUACAUAUCAUCAAAAUGUGUCACAAGCCGUCUGUGGUGACACCACACUUGUCAGCCUAAUCUUCGGCCUUAAAUUUUAUUCUUUCUCUGAGGCUGAAAUAUGCUGAUGACUACUAGCCUAGUGGUCCAAGUGUGUACCCCUUUUUCAAAGGUUUUGUCUCAAUCAGACUCUAGAUUUGAUUCCAGCCAGUCGCUCCCUUCCUGCAUGUCACUCCCUGCCCAUUCCCUCCUUUUCCUGCACUGUCUGAUCCACACUAAUGACGGAACAAAUAACUUAAAGAUGAAAAAGAAGAGAUGAAGUAUUUAGUACUGAAACAUUGGCUUUUCAAAUACUUUCUUUGUCUUUCUCUACAACAGCAGGAAACAACUCACCAGCUGAGGGGGACGUCCGCCUGGUGGAUGGGGACGAUCUUUGCUCUGGCAGAGUAGAGAUCUUCCAUGAAUCAGAAUGGGGGACAGUGUGUGAUGAUCUCUGGCAUCUGGAGGAUGCUGAGGUGGUCUGCAGACAGGUAGGCUGUGGUAGGGCCCUGUCAGCACCAAUGAAUGCUGCUUUUGGACCGGGGAGUGGACGCAUCUGGAUGCAGUAUGUGACCUGUAAUGGCAGUGAGCCAUCAAUUACAGACUGCAUCCAUAUUGGAUUUGGGGUUCAAAGUUGUUUUCUGCUGUCUUUUUUCAGUCCCUACACCUCAGCAUUACCUGCUCAUUUGUAGCCCAGAUAAACUUCGAUUGGGGGUGGAUAUAGCUGGCCUGACAUCCUCCGGUUUGAACCCACUCUCUGGCAACUUGGCAUCUGCCAACUGCUCCUGGAACCAAGUGAACGAUAGUGUAGUGUGGUAUGAGGUGGAGGCCAGGGAGGGUGUCUGUGGAACCACUCUGACGGUAAAGACUUGACCGGUUUUACUUUGAGAAUCAGAUUGAAUCAAAGAUGUAAGAUAAGAUCUUUUUUGUCAAGUUUGGUCAUUAAAACUUCCUGAUAACACAAUCAUUCUGUUAUUUUCAGACCAACAGCACACAUGCCAUCUACUCCAACAGCUUAUUUAUCUAUCCUUCAACCAACGGGUCCUUUAACCUUCCUGAGAGCGUCCCCUUCUCCUGUGCGUAUCCCCUGGAAUUGGACACCAGCCUGGAUGUGGUUAUCAGACCAGUGCUGCCGUAAGUAGCCUCUAAUUAGUUAUUACCUCUACAAACACAUCAAGUAAACCCCAAACCUUAUACUCUGUCAAAAUAACUAUGAUAAAAAAUACAGUGAUAAUAGUAAAGGCAUAUCACAUUUUAAGAUACAACACAAAGAAUACCAAUGUUUUCUAAUCCUCACAACAUCUUCUUUUUGUUGAUGUUCUUUUAUUAUUAUUAUUAUUAUUAUUAUUAUUAUUAUUAUUAUUAUUAUUAUUAUUAUUAUUAUUAUUAUUAUUAUUAUUAUUACCAUCAUUAUAUAAUUAAUGACAACAAUCAUAAUUGUUUUGGAGUUUAUUCAACUCACAGUGGUGAGUGCCAUAGCUGUAGGGUUGAACACUGUGAACACACAGGAUGACAAAUCCUAAAUCCUGCCAAGUGUGCAUUUAUCUCUAUUUGAGAAGGGGAAGCAAGCUUUUCACAGUAAAAUGAGUUACUAAACCUCCACAGUGGUUAAUUCUUUGAUGACUUGACUUGAUCAGACACAGAAAUGUUUCAAUUUGCUGCAUGGUGUAUAUUUCUGAAUCAACUCAAAACACAAAGACGUGUUCAGAGCACUCUGAAAUGCUGAAAUAUAGUAAUUUGAUGAAUAACUAAAAGAGGAUGUAUAAACAGGUUUUGGCUGCCUUGAAAUAAACAGUAUGGUCUUUGCAGGGCAGCAGUUGGUGGAAUUUCCGGCUUGGGUCCCAGAACCAGGGCCUUGAUGUCUCUUUUCAUCAACUCGGCCUACACUCAGACCUAUCCACCCGGCCGGGUCAGCCUGCCUAUGGGUUCACCUUUGUUCGUGGGUGUCUCUGUACCAGGGAGAGAUCCCAACUUUGUUGUUGUUCUUGAAGACUGCCACGCCUCUCAUUCAUCCUCCCCUAAUGAUCCCGGGCGAUACUCUAUUAUCCAGAACAGGUGAGAGUCUUCAAGUCUAAGAGUAUUGUUUGAUGAGUAUGAUGGAAAAGUUAAAUGUGCAUUUAUACUGUAAGCUCUCUUGACCUGAUAAGUUGCUGCUUCUCUCUUCCAGGUGUCCCGUUGACAGCCAACUGGUGUCUGUGACUGAGAGCGGCAGGUCUUCCCGUGCUCGAUUCACUGCCCUGCUCUUCCUGCCAGGUGGUGAAUCCAGAGAUAUUUAUCUCCAUUGUAAUCUCAGCUUGUGUGACCGAAGGAACUCCAUCUGUGUCCCUAAGUCAAACAGUAUUUUCAUAAGUAUCAUUAUCUAUGCAAAACCCUUGUUAUUAAAAAUAAAUGGAUGGUGACAUUAUCUGUCACUUUUCUAAGUCCUGUGGAAGGAGGAGAGCUCGCUCUGUGUCCAACUCUGAUGCCAUGGAGAGCCUCACCAUCGGACCUGUUGCUUGUGAGUAUUAGAUUCUAGAUUGGCAAAAGGGCUGAUGUCUUAAAACACUGAAUAACACGAAAAUAACUCUCAUGUUUUCUGUGUUUCUUUCCUUAUCUUUAGGGGAAAAGUCAGCUGAGUGAGCUGGUUACAAACUUUCACAAGCACCUUUUAUUCUCCAGUAUUACUUCUACUUCACAUAUCCAAUAUAAUCAAUCAUAUCACACUUCAUCACACAUAUCACACUCUGUUUUAUCACAUUUAAAUGAUUGUGAAAUCAAAAUCAAACCACCAAGUUAAAAUGAAAUAAAGAUUAUCAGCAGCAUUUUGUUCUGGACCUUCAUUUGUAAAAUUUCCAAUGAAGUUUAAACUUGGUCUUUCACUCUUUGAUAUAUCAUAUAUGAUAACUCUUGACCAUUAGUAAUGGAAUAAUACAACAACAACAACAACACACUGGUAUUUAAAUACACAUGUAUUCAAACAAUACAUCAAAUCCCCAAUAAUUACAGGAAAAUUUGAUUUAUGGUGAUUUGGACUGGUUUACUGUUUGUAAAAUACAAGAGUGGUCUGCCUGCCUGACAAAAGUGCAUUUGCAGCAUCAGUGGUUUGAAUCUAAAAGGUAGCCGUGGUAUCACACAACUGAGCGUUAUGAUUGGAAAAAAGUGCCUUUCUUCCCACCCACUGGUAGAUGUUAAGUCAAAAAACACCUCAGUAGGCAUUGGUGAACCCAGCAACCCAACUCAGCAGUGGCCUGAUGGCUGUCUAGCAUGAGUCUGGUCCUAUUCGAGGUUUCUGCCUGUUUAAAGGAAGUUUUUCCUCACCACUGUCACUCAUGUUAGAUGAGAUGGGCCAAAUCCCAUCUUAGGUUGGGUCUUGAUAAUUCAUCAAACAACGAGCGUGGUCUAGACCUGCUCUUUUUCUUUGGAAAGCGUCUUGGGAUGACAACUGUUGUGAAUUGGCACUAUAUAAAUAAAAUCUGAUUGAUUGAUUGAUUGAUUGAUUGAUUGAUUGAUACCCUGUGUAUGGGGUAAGUUGACCAUAGGAGCGGGGUAAGUUGAGCCGUAUCCCUACUACCCUCACUCUCCACCCAGCCCUCCCUCGCCUUCUCUCUUCCUAAAUAACAGUCACUUCUUCACAUUCAUGUGUAUUUUUAUCUAUUAUACACUAUUCAACUGGUACGAUAAUUCUUUUUAUUAUGUAUAUAACUGCUAAAAAGCUGUUCUGUAAAAAGUCGUUUUAACAUGAGGAUGUCUUUAAUUGAUUCAGAACAUUCAUAGCUGUAUUUUUGAAAAGAAAAAGUCAAACAUUUCAACAAUCUGAACUGAAACUCUGAUCCUCUCAUCAGACUUCUUUACUUUCCCAGUUGAGCCACUGGAUCAACUUACCCCUGAACUACUAUUAUGACUUUAUUAGUCCUCUAAACUAAAAUGGUGGACUUUUAUGUUAUUUUUUUUUUCUUUUACCUCAUGUUAAAGCUCAUAUAUACCACAAUUGGUGUAUAAAACAAAUUUUAAAUGAUCUUUUUUGGUCUGAACACAAUUCUAAUAAAACUUAUGACAGACUAAAUUCACUUUCAAGAGUGAAAAAUGUUUCUUUUUGUAAAUAAAUGUCUAACCCCUUCACCUGUGUGCUUCUAACCUUCACAGACUCCAUGAAUUGAUGGCCAUCUCCUUAAUAUUUGGUCACAUGAUCAAUUUCUUUUACCAUUUCCAAGCAACAGGGGGUGGCUCAACUUACCCUACUCUCCCCUGUAAUAGUAUUUCUAACACUUAAUGGAUGCAGUGAUUUUGAAAGCAAUUCUUUUAGCACAAGAAGAAUUGUGUAGCUAUUUAGAUUAAAUAGGCGGAUAAAAAUACUGUGUUAUUGUUGUUUACUCUCCAGCUGAAGGUCAAAGUAAACUCCACUGCUCUGCUCUCGAGGAAACUCCAAACACUGGCCAGUGUUCAGUGUGGGGGCUGGCUAUCGCUCCACUUUUGAUUGACAGGCCUCUAGUCUAAUCGGAUAGCUUGUUCGCAUAGAGGGGCGGGGCGUCGAAUGUCCAACGUUCCCUAGUCGGGUUCAGGGUCUGGAGCAGUUGGGGUUAAUUUCCGCUCGCUGGUGGCCUUUCAUAUUGAGUAGUCCUCAACUUUUCUCCGUCGACAGUCGCCGCCAUGUCUAACAACAAUGCAAGCAACAACUUAAUCAUCGCUCAGAGGGCCGUGAAGCAGCUCCGGUUAGAGGCCAGUAUCCGGAGAAUCAAGGUACGAACCCCCUCAACACUGACACACAAACACGGAAGACGGAACAGAGCCGCCGCUGCUGCUGCUGCUGCUGAAUGGCGGAGACAAACUGUUGUAGAAAUGACACACACUGAACUCUUACAUCACAGACUUCUCAAAGUGACACAGUGAAUGUGUUUUUAACUAUAAUUACAAAGCGACAUGUUUCCUCCGGGUUUUGACGACUGUCAGCUGUUUUCUUACGACCUGUUGCCGCCUUGAAACACCAGCAUUUCGACGAAAAUGACAGUUUGUAACACUGAAACCUCUGAGAGAGUUUCCUAAAGCGUCAGUCAGGCUGUUUUCACAAAGUUACAGAGCGUCUCCCUCGUUUGUGUGUCCCACCGUUGUUUGCAAACUGUAUGCAAAAGUGCUACUCGGUACGUAAAUGAGAGAGGUUGUGGAGGAAGACUUGGGCAGAAGUCACACGACCUGUGAUAGACUGUCCAUGUUUUCUCUCUCUAAAACCAUCGUCAUCUUCUUCAUUUACCUGGCUCCACAGGUGUCCCAAGCGGCUGCUGAGCUGAGAAACUUCUGUCUGCAAAAUGCCGCCAAGGACCCUCUCCUGGUUGGGGUGCCCUCCAGUGAUAAUCCUUUCAGACCCCCCAAGUCCUGUUCCCUGUUCUGA